GUGGUCGCUGUGCCCGUACCCAGCCUGGUGUUAUUGGUUUGCACUUGCAGACCCCGCCUAGCCAAAAGUAAGGGGGGGGGGGAAAGGAGGCGAAGAAGCCCUUCUAGUUGUCCAUUCUUGCUGCAGCAUUGUACUGGGCUUAGAGUGGAGGUACCGCUCAGAGUUUGGGGUCUCCACGAGCUGGUGAGGGGGUACCAGGUCCACUGGAGAAGACCUAGCAGGAAGAAGCACCAAAGCUGAGUUUGAAUGAGAGUCCUCACCCUGCACCCCCGGGAUGGUUCAAGGUAUAAUAUGAGCUUCCUUGCUGCACCCUUUAUUAGGAGGUGGGGGGCUACACCCCUGUGAACGGUGCGCUCCCUCCCAGGGUAUUGUCUUCACCGAGUGGGGGGAUAAUGGGGGAGGAGGAGGGGCUGGGUGUGUGGCUCAAUGCUUUGUGUGACAUGCUUGCUGCACACUGUGUUUUUAUGUAGACAUUAUGAUCUGUUAUGGGCUUCAUGGGUGGUGCAUGCACAAUCUGUACAUUGCAUUCUGCACACUGUAUAUGGGUAUGGUGUAUAUGCAGAAUGUUAUGGGACAUGUGGCUUAUGUGGGUAAGUGAAUAGAGUUCAGUAUAUUUAUAUAGAAGGAGAUAUACAUGCAGUUUCUGCCAAACUUUAUAAUCCUGACCCUUUGUGCCAGUUACAUGGGUCAUUCAUGGCACCGGUUUAUUUGAGAUGUUCUGACUCUGGAAUGCUGUGAUACACUCCAUACUAUUCAGGAAACCAAUUAAUGGAAUAAAGAGAUGUAUAGGGACAGCUUGGCUGUAGGCUGGACUGCUUUGUUUUAAAGGCAUAUUAUUAUACAUUGAGUAUAAAGCUACAUCGGGUUCAUGGGAGUGUUUUUGAGAUAGAUACUAAUUAAUAUAGAUAUAGCCCCACAUUUUUUUUUAGCCACUGACAUAGUUUUUAUUUUAUCCUGUGUUUAUGAGCUAUACAGACAAUACUCUAUAACCAUAGUCUUUAAUGCAUUUACUUAGAUUUUGUCAAUAAAAGGUCAGUUUUGUUUUCAGCGUUACCUUGUUUCUAAAAACCUUUUGUACGCCUCUGUACAAUUUUUUUUCUUAUUUGAUUGCAUUAACUGUGUCAUUAUUAUUCAGCUUGAAACACAUGGAGGUCCAAGGCAAAUUACUGUUGGUUCAAGGUAAAUACACCCUUGAUGAUAAGGAUAAAUAGUCUCCCAAUGUCCCUGCUAUGGAGCUGUCAUAUUAGACUUUUUUUCUUAUUUAGUUUAUAAAUAGAACGCCACCUUUAGAAAACAAAGCAUGCAGUUUUAAUACUCAAGUCAGAUAAUAGUGGGUGUGAAUUAUGGGCGUGUGGGUGUGAAAUAUGGGCUUGCAUAAUAUCACAAUAGGUGUACUAAUGCUACACAUUUGUAAAUAACGCCAAAACAUGCUCUGACUCCAUAUGAACCCUAACAUAUAGAUGAAAUUGAAAAAAGAAAUAAAUCAGAAAACAAGUAAAACUGCCAUUUAAAAAAAAAGUGUGCCCUUUUACUAUAUACCACCGUAUAGCUUUGUGUAUUUCAAUUUCUGCUUUACAAACAUGACCAAUUAAGAUUCAAUACGUUUGUAAAAUGUGAUCCAUACAUGCACAAUAAUUGGUUCACUUGUUGUGCUACAACCCUAACUAGGUAAGCUGAGCAGCCUGACUCGGGCAUAGAAAUGCUCCAAGCCUGGUUUCGGAUCAGUGUUCUCAGGGGAAUUAUUUAAAAGGCAGGUUGAUUUGAUUGUACGGGUAAAUUUUCUUCCUUAUAUUUGUAAGAAAUAUCAGCUGAAUUUCAAGGAAUCUGUGUUAUCCGUGAAAUAUAAAUUAAUCAGCUCUUCUAAAAUAAAUAUAUGCGCAAAUCUUGACUCGGGUUUUCUUUGUAAACUAGUCAUCAGUAAGUCAGAAUGUUUUACCAACAUAGUCGACGUGUGUCUGGAGAGAUCAUGAUCUACAUUCAAAGUUUUCUAAAGCUUAGUAUGACUGUACAAGAAGAUGGAUCGAAUCCACAGCUUUAAUGCCACGGAAUGUCUCUGUAUGUGGCCAUUCAUUCUUAUCACUUGGAUCUUGGAAAUAUUUUGACUGUUAAAAAUAUCUCAGACAGUGACUGAGGAUAUUGAAGGACUCUAAAAUCUUUUAGACAUUCAAAGUGGGAAUAUUUGUUUGUUUUAAACACAUGUAGUCGCCCGAUCUAGUACCUGGCUAGGGAUCUCGAGAAAUGUGGUUCAGAAUAGUCAUUGGUGGCAAGCUUUGGCAACCGUGGUAUAGUGUUUGCACAUGUAAGCAUCGGCCUCCCAGGUCAUUGACUGUUGCUUUGUUUUAUACUAACACAGUUUUUGUUUCUUUUAUAGACUUGGAGAGGUUUUCUGCUAAAGUAGAGAUGUUAUAAUUGAUGUAAGACACAAGCUAGUCCCAUCAUAUUGCGAUAAUAAAGGCUCUGCUUUUCUAGAGGAAAUUGUCCAGCUAGGUCAUGCUUUAAAAUUCUUAAUUUCAAAUGAAAAUAAAAUUUUGAUUUCUAUGUGUGUAAUACAGCCAUAUUGAAUGUAUAGCCCAACAUCUGGGUGAACUUCAUCUGCUGUCUUGUCUCUAGUUUUAACCCCACAGACACUGUAAAAGAUGAAGAUGCAAUCAGGUCCAUCUCACUGAUUUUCUUCUUUUUGUAGAUCUCAAGGUCACCUUGAAGUUAAUUGCCUUUAAAUGUAUUUAGAUACCAGACAUUAAACCGUUAUGAUAGAACCUGUUUAAUUUGCAGUCUGUUAUAGUGUUCUAUAAUGUUCUGAUGCUCAUACCUUGUCAUGGUGUGUCUUUGGAAAGGUGUGUGAUGGAUUGGAGGGAACAUUGAAUGUCUUUCUCUGAUUUGAUUGGUUCAUGUACCUAGUGCAAUACGGCUAGAAAAUGUCGUUUCUUCUGUCAAGGUUGCCCCUUAACAUUUGUGACAUGUUGUGACAAACCAUUUGUCAGGAAUUCAGAGAAAAACAAAGCAGAAUGCGUAAGACAUAAUCAGUGGAGAUGUCAAGCUCAAUCUUCAGUCUCUGGCCAAUUGAGUCACCUUGGAAGCCCCAAGGGCAUAAACAAUUCACUGCUCUUCAAAGCAUUACUUGUUCGUUUGGCAUUCUGAGAGUUAAAACAAUGCCUCCAUCCGUCGUUUUCAAGGUUUUGUGACAUUUAGAAGAUCUGCUGAGGGAAAUGGAUUUGACAGCUUCAAAACGCACUGAAAUAGUUUGCAAAUGAGACGGUUUCAUCCUGAAAAUGUCACUGCUUGUUGCUAAUUUGUAUGCAUCAGCAUCCAAUUUAAUAAUGUGAUGUGCUUCGAGAAAACUUGUUUAUCUUGCUUCGAUUGAAGAUGCAUUUUACACUUACCGUCCAGUCUCGUUAAAAAAAACAAAUUUAUGUCAAAGUCUUUUGUCUUGGAUUCUACUGAGCAUUUUAGUUUAAGUACUAAUUGAAAGCCUAUCUGGUAUUUGGGAUGUGUGCAAACAUAUAAUGUCAUAGAGAGCCACUGUUAACCUCUUAGUGACUGAGGCUUUUCCCAAAAUCCACACGGUUGUCACUGUGGCCUAUUUUGCACUUCUGUUAUGUGUUGGUUCCACUGUACUUUCCUGCUUUUUCAUUCAAGGACCACUAAGGUUACCCAUGGCACUUGAUUUCAUUGAGGUGAUCUGGGUGCAGUGGCUCCUGUAGCUUUAACUCUGCAAUGUAAAUCCUUGCUGUUUUGUAGAACAUGUGACAUGGCAGGGUCAAACUUACCUCUAGUGGCCGUUUUCCUGACAGCACCUUCCUAGAGGUAAUUCUUCAGCAACGACCGAGUUUCACUCAGUCAUGUGACGUUCUGCAUCCAUGGGUACGUCGAACGUCAUCAAAUAUUGCUUCUAUGGAAGUAUUUGAUUCAGUGCUUCCCUGUGAGAAGCAUUUGAUUGGACGCACGAGUACGCUUGCGGCACACAAGCAUCUUGUCCCCAAUACUCCUCUAUUGGGGGAGGGGCAUGGCUUAAAUCUAAAUAUGGAGCUAUAGAAUUAGGAAUACAUGCUUCUAUUCCUAAUGCUUUAGUGUUUCUUUAAAAGAAUCAGUACGUUUUUUUUUUUUUAAAGGCUGAGAAGACUGUUGUCUGAUAUCUUAAUGUAUGAGUUUUACCACAUUACAAAUGAAUAAAAUAUUAAGGAGGAAAAUACAUUUUUUCAUAGUUUUGGCUAUAAUUUGUACGCAACUAAAAAAUAACUCCUUGAUUUUCUAAGUAGGUCUUUUCUAUUUAUUUUUUUAAUGUUUUGUAUAUAUCCAGAAUUUCAGUUUCCCUUUUUUUUAGGUUAUAGGACAAAUAUUGUAAGGAGUGAAUUAAUACUUUAUAGUCUCAAUUUUUGCAAAGGUUUUGCUUUCAUUCCAAUAGCUAUCCCAGAAGAAAUUUAAAGAACAUUUUGACGCUUUAGCAACCUCUGCCAAAUCUACUGGUUCUAUGAAAUGUUUAUUAAAUUCUAUUCUAUUAAAUUUAAUUUUCAACGGGAAUAUCACAGAUCAUGUGUCCCAUUGCUGUCCCAUAGUACUGCAGUUCCCCAGAUGUACAGUUUUGCAACACUUUUGGGAAGUUGUAGGAUCAAAUUACUGUAAUGCUAAUUUCAGUAUUUGAAUUUCCAUGUCACUUUUUUUUUUUAAAUUCUUUAUUUAUGUUGACAAGGUAUAACAUUCAUAUAUCACAUAUCUUUCGUAGCUCAAGCGUAUUUUAACAUGCGCAGUAUGUACAGAGUGUCGUGGCAUUCACGAGACAUAAUCAUACAAUGAGCAGCACAUUGAGAACAUCUCCCAUCGCCCCCAAAGCCUAUCGUGUGUGCUACUGUAACUCUUUCUGAUACUGUGAGUUGUAUUUUGUCAACUUAGUUUUGUGUUUUAUAUAUAAAAAGAAAAGAGUGAAAUAAGAAAGCGUUCGGUAACAAUUGAAACUUUGUCGUUGUAUUAGCAUAUCAUUGGUGUGGACUCUCCGGCUGACGACGGCCCUUCAGUCUAUCAUCCCCCUGUAUAAUGGGUGUUGCCCCGUGCUAGUUUUAGGGGGUUCGCUAUGUGUGCCUCGCCCUCCGGUCUUAUGGGGGCCUAUUGUAUCUCCCAUUGCGGGUCGUUAUUGCUUGAAUGAUGUGCUACCGGUAACUGGCAUAGUAACUGCCAGGCUGUGCUCUACGCACUUGCGGUCACAGCUGGGCUUUGGUCAGUUUCUGGAUAAGUCUCUCUUUACACCCUCUGGGAGACUUAUGCUGUAUACAGUAGAGUAAGAAAUAGAAGCGAGAGAAAGAGUGAAGAGUGUCAAAGAAAAAGUCAGAAGAAAGCAUAGUAGAGGUGGGUUUGGGUGGGGGGGGGAGGAGGUGCGGGUGGGUUGGGAAGAGCAACAAAACUGCUUCCUAGUGUUCAUCCAUCCAGUGGACAGUGGAUAUAUUGGAUCUCUCUAAGCCAAGGUUCCAUGUCACUUUUGUAACCAAUUAUUGAGGAAUUUCUAGGAUAAUCCAGUGGUUCCCAAACCAGUCCUCAAGGCACCCCGACUAGUCUAGGAUUUAGGGAUUAACCCUAUGUGUUUUAGGUGUUUUUCAAAUAAGAAAAAAAAAAACAUUUUGGACACAACUGGGUAAUCUCUAAGUCUUAGACUGGUGGGUGCCUUGAAGACUGAUUUGGGAACCACUGGGAUAACCUAAUUUUGGAAUGUCUCUUCACCUGCCUCCCAGUGACUGCAUUUGGCAAAAUUACACAAAUCUGACCAGUGUCAAGCUUCCAUGCUAUAUAUAAGCUUGUAAACCCCUAACCAACACCAACACUAGUUAACCUUGACAAUGAACUACUUAGUGAAUUGGCUUCCAGGCUGAGUGAUCAGUGUGAGAGCCAGUUACUGCUAUGGCAAGCGAUCAGACAGUCUGGGGACCAAUCCGUCUCUAUUUCUGGACCACCUCACUGGUAACAGCAAGUAUGUGAUUGCUUGCCUCCCACUUCUAUGAUAACCUCACUAAGUGAGACUGGCUUUCUGCCAGCAUUUUAAAUGGCCAACAUACAUACCACAACCACAUAAGAAUAUGUUCUGUAAAGUGGGUUUGAAAAUCAAUCUGCACAGCCCUGCUUAAGUACAUGGCAAAAGAUAAAACCACAGAGAUAUUCGCUAUAAAAACAUAGUCAUUAAAACGUGGAUUGUCAGCAAGGCAACGUGAAUUUCAAAUUUUGAAUUUUAUCCACGUGUGCUAUGUUUUCCACUCUUGAACUGAAAUUGGAUUUUCAGUUUCUGACGAUACACACUUUAUUGAAUAACCUACCUGGUGGAAGCAUUGACAUAUCGUCAGUAACUUUCUCAAGAAGCAAUAUAUCCCUAUAUAGCAAGGGAUACUGAGUUUAAGUAGUAAAAAGUACCGACUAAAGGUUGGUGAGCAGAGGAAGGCUGUCAAGGAGGGCAAUUGCCCAACAAGCCAUUAGCUUACAUGGUUGUGUGCUACAGAUCAGCAGACUCACAGCGCAGUGUGCUUGGCAGCCGACCGAGACAGCCGCAUGGUGCUUGAGUCCAACAUUAGACCUUAUUGUUCUCUUUUUGGCUAUAAGCCUAUUAACAUUGGGGACCACUCUGCUGCCUAACUGGCUCCCUCUUGUCUGCAACUAACAGUCUCAGCCCAUGCGAGGCUUCUCUGUGGCCUACAGAGGCACUCGAGGUCGGGGAAGCGGCUGAUCCUCGACCUUGAUUUGAAGUCUGUGGACACUGCACCCUGUCCCCCCCCUCCCUACCUCCCCCUUUGGACUGAUGGGGGUUAUCCAGGCUCCCACUGGUGAUCUGGAUGAGUCGACUUGCCGAAAACCAUCUACCCACUGGCGAAUUGGAGAGUCAAGGCCUACCUACCAAAAUGGCAUUCCUGCAAGUGCCUGCGGCCACGCAUGUAGAACCGCUGCUCCAGGCAUUUGACAGAGUCUGCGCAGCCUUAUGGUCAAGGAUCUAUGAUUGGGAGCUUACUUGUAGUCCGGAUGACCCGGUAGUAGCACCCCAGAGCCAUCCAAUAAACUGCUGCCGCAUGUACAGACAUCGCCCACGUGUUUCCAGAGUGGCGCUGUGAAGGAGAUGGCGCAAGAGGCGACCACAGAAAAUGACUGUAUCCCAUCGCUCAGACAAGCGUCCUCGCUACCACUCACCCAGAGAGCAGCAGCACAAAUCUCCUCACCCCCAGUGUGGUCAACAUGCUCCAUUGGUAGCUGAAGCUAAGUGGCGAGCUUGCAGGAGUGGGACACCGCAGAUGUGGAUUCUAGCCAGAGAUCUAUUGACCUUUCUGUGGAGGAUUCGACCGGACUGACAUGGAGCUUGGGCUCAGUUGGGGGGCUUCACCAACUUGGCAGAUGGCGGGAAAGGCUGGGACCCUCCAUUAAUCGCCAGAGGCUAAGAGCCACUUGAGCCUUGCCUUCAUCUAGGAUGUAUCACUGCUAUGAUCAUCACAAUAUAGUUCAUGGCUAUUGCUGUUUUUCCCUGCUUUUGCCCUCUUAUAUUCAUUUCAUCUGAUUACCUAGUGACCUAGUGGUAUUUGUAACUAUCUAGUUCUAUACAGCUUGACUUAAUUUUGCUUACCACUAGAACUAUCUUCCUUCUGUUUCACACAUUCUCUAACUUAAAAAGUUCUGCACUAUCGACAUUUCAUAAAUAGAUUGCAUUGCUGUCUUGACAUUUACACUAUUGUGACGUGUUUGCCCAUUCUUGAUUGUUAUCCUGUGCAUUACAAAAAAAAAGAAUGCACACUGUGUUGUUUUUAUGUAGACAUUCUAAUCCGUGAUGGACUUUUAUAAAUCUGAUACUAGCCGUAAGAAGCUCACAAGACCCAUACAUCAGAUCUGCACCCAGCAGAGGGUGCAGACCAGAGGCUCAACAUUCACUGGAUCAAAUUUGUUUGAAGGAGCAAGAUGUUACGGCUUUAAUACUGACUGAAUUAAGAUGUUUUCCGUCAAAAGAGAGUUGGUAAACUUAUUGGGAAAGCGUUUGAUACAGCAUUUAUAUUCUAUGAAUAUGUAUAGCAGGGGUAGUCAACCUUUUAAUACCUACCGCUCACUUUUGUAUCUUUGUUGAUGGUAAAAUUUCCUUACUGCCCACCAGUGCCGUAGUAACUAAUUUAAGAGUGCAAGUGCGAUUGGUUUUUAUUUUUUUAGAAUAUGUACUUAAAUUUAUCUUUUUUACUAUUUUCUAUUCUACUUUUCUUUUUUAUGUGCAGUGUGUGGGGUGCGUUGCGAGUGUGUGUGUGAAGGGUGCAUAGGGGCUAUGCUGUGUGUAGGUGGGUGAGAUGUGAAAAUGUAUCUUAAUGUCUUCCUUUUUCUUACCUUUUACCAGGGAGGGGGGACAUAAUGCUGCAAGCCCUGGUGAUCCAGUGGUAGCAUGUUCACUUGAGCCUGCAGCUCCUCCGGCUGAAGGCUGACUCUACUGUCCUCCUGCGAACACAGCUUUGUAUCGGAGCAUUGCCAUGGUAAUGCGCGGCAACACACCAACCAGCCUGCUCGCUGGAGGAACACCGCGCCUCCCAGGUACUUCCCUCCCUCUGCUGGAACGAAGUGCCAGUGGGCCUGUGAGGGAGAUCUUUGAUCUCCUCACCAGCCCGAGAGGGCUUACAGCUAGGCUGGCUCUGCAUGUGCCAGCAGUGGAGAUGAAAGGAUCUCUCCUGCCGGCCUUGGUCCACAGGCCAUCGAAGGCCCACUGGGCGUUUUCUGCAGAACCCACCACCGUCCACCUGAAAUCCCAAACCGCUCACUAGUGGACAGUACGGACCAGGUUGAUUACCCCUGAUGUACAGUGUAAAUAUUGUAUAUAAUGUAAAUUUGGUGGCAAAAAUCUAAAGAAGAGUUCCUCCCUACCUGCCCCAAGUAACCAUAGGGAGAAAGUGAUAAACUGUUUUUUUUUUUGUUUGUUUGUUUGUUUUUUAUAUGCAUGUUUAUACAUAGCGAAAAAAAGCAAAUAUGUCACUGCCUGGGAUCUUUGCCUAAGCGGUAACUUGUCCUGUGUCAAGUUUUAUCAGGUGGAUGAAAAGUACUGAGACAAACUAGUCACUACACUGUCUCAGUAUAUCUUUUGACUAGGCUGGAAUUUCAGUGAAGACUCGCUGUUUAUGAAAUACUUAAUUUGGGUGGGGGUGAACGUGCUGCUUUAUACAAAUAUAUACCCCAACUCCCCUCCGCCUCCUCCCACACAAACUACAUCCCCAUACAUCAUACUACUUCCCCUGCACACGCAAUACAUUCCUUACAUGUACACCCCCUACAUAUAUAUAUAUAUAUAUAUAUAUAUAUAUAUAUAUACACACGCCAACAAAAACAAACUACAUACCCUGAAAGUACCACAUACACUGCAUUCUCUACACACAUCUUCUCCCCCACCCCUCCAUACAUGCACUGCAUCUCCUAUAAACACACACAAUAUCCCCCCCUACACACAUAUUAUACCACAAACACAAUAUAAAGAGAUCCAUUUACACACUCUACACCACAAGGAGUCCCCAUAACGUACACACAACCCCACAAGCAAACUCCAAACACAUUCACAUUACAGCUUCCUGUCCCUAUCCACUUAUGGAGACACCAAAGAAAAGUCACCAGCAAUUGUUAGGUUUAUUACAGUGGAACUCUGUGAUGCUGACAUGCAAAACUCACAUUACUCUGUGGUUUUUUUUAGAACUGUGGAGCUCUGUGAUACACCACUAUGCACAUUAAUGGAAGUUUUUUGUUGUGGAGCUCUGUGAUACCCUACUAUGCACAUUACUGGGAGAGCUUUGUUGUUGUGGAGCUCUGUGAUACAUUCUUAGACACUGCACAUUACUGGCAGUUUUUUAACUACUAUCCCGUAGUUGUAGUCUCUGGGUAAAUAAUGUAAAUAAGGAAAAACCCAGAGCUCCAAAGUUUGUAGCUCACAAUGUGGCAUGGAGAAGCUCCAAAGCAAUUGAGAAGGGAGAAGGCGGCAGAUGCACUCUGUGGAGCUAACGGAAGCGGAAGAAAACCUUCCUGACUCCCCUAAUUGACAUCUGGGGAUUUUUUUUCUUUUUUAAUUGGCACUUUUAUAAACUACCACAAAUAUGACAGACUCCAGACUCAAACAGCACUUCAAGUGGUUUGUGUCUGGAGUGUUCAUUUAUAUUUUUUUCUCUGAGUUAACCACUUACCAUGAGAAUUGUGAAUCUCAAAAUACAAACAUAAUGUUGUGCUUCUUCAUAAAAUGUUUUCCUAAAUGUUAAAAAAAGUGUUUAUAUGUAUACAUUGUGUGCAAAUAGUGCCCUCUAGUGGUUAGUUAGGAAUAGUACUUUGCACAAAAUGUUUUAAUAGAUCCACCAUUUUUUUUUUUUUUUUUUGCUAUUAAUAACCUGUCAGUUUAAGUAAUGGAUAGAAUGUUUUAUAACUGUCUGAUCUUUCCAUGUAAGAAAAUGCCCUCAUUAUCCCUUAGCACACCAUCUAAAUAAACAUCAUGGCAGUCUCCCAGGUCAGAGUACAUAUAACCAGCGCCAGUGACAAAGUGCUGCUCUAACUCGUCACAACAUAAAUAUAUGUUGGGGGUCAUUUAUUAACUAUGGAGAAAUAUGCACUUUCCUGCCCCCUUCCCAAAACAAUAUUAGUGGUGAGAAUUAAUAGUCCAGGAAUGGGCCACACGUUGCCCCCCUUUCCCCAGACUCUGAAAUUAUAUUAAUGAUUGUCCGGGGCCGUACCAUAGCCAGGGAUUAACUAUGGUCACAUGGGGUAACCAGGGCCUACUAGAGGGGAAUAGAGGGGAGCUUUGUUAACUCAUUUGUUUUAAUGUAAUUUUUGGGUAUUCCAAACACUGUUUUAUUUAUUGUACUGGGAAUAUGUUUUAAAAAAAAUAAAAAUACAUAUAUAUAUAUAUAUAUAUAUAUGUAUAUGUUCUAAUAAGAAGUGGUUCUCACUGCACACUGAAUCCUGCCUUCCUUUUUAUGUUAAGGAUGUCUUGUCAGUAGUUAAUGCUAAAUAAAAAAAUAUAAGAAUUCGUGUUCACAGCAAUUUAAUCACUGCUUGUUCCAUAAAAAUAAAAACUUUAUUCCACAACAAGAAAUAUAGUAAAGUAUUUUGACAAACAGUGAUUUGCUCCCAAUCACAUAGAAUCCGUACAUCUAGGCGUUUCGUGUCUCCUGACACUUUAUCAAGUUUAGCAAGACCCAUAUUUUUUCUGACCAUGGUUAAUGCAGUAAACUUGGAACAGUACAAAGAAUGCAUGUUUCACUACUUUGCUACUUGGAAUUUUUGUAUUUUGCAGUUAAUCCCCCCCCCCACCCCCACCUGAUUCUUACACAAGGAAAGCAACCAGUUAGAAGAAGACUGGGAUUUUCUAAGACACAUGGGGGAUUUUAGGGGAUUUAGUGAGUGUUCUGAUAAAUGUGUGUCUGGUUUCACCAGUUCAACGACUUGCAUGUUCUCUUGAAUUUUUUUCCAUAAAGUAGUUGGCGCAAGUUACUAGAAUGUAGUAAUUGCAGCAUUUACAGACUGUCUCCUUUAUUUUUUUAAAUGACAGUCUGAACUCAUGGUGACAUUAUCAAAAUGAGAAUUGGCUUUCUUAGACAAGUCACUUGGUAGAUGGUUGAGGUCAGCCUGAGGCCAGGUUCCAUAUAGUUUGAAGUCAGCCAUACACCCUCUUAUUAUAAAGCCCUCACAAGAAACACAAGUGGAAUGAUAGAUGAUGAUCGUUGGUGGGUUUUAAGGACCUGCAAAUUGAUAAACCCUAACACUGUACAUUAAGCAGGGGCCCUGGCAGACUGGGUGGUCACCGGAACAACAUUAAUUUAAUUAGCCCCCAUAACAUUGCCAUGAGAGUGAGCGCUAUGUGCCCUUAUGCUCAGUAUUAUAAAAUCUCAUGCCACAUACCAUGGGGCUCAUCCUGAUGGCUACAAUGUGGUGCUUAGUCACAUCUUAUUGGAGGUGGACCUGCAAAUGUUCAGAUAGUAAAUUUAGUACAAUUCUUUCGCAUCAGAAACCUUUGUAUAGCCAGAUCUCCCCUUUUAAAAGAAUUCAUGAGAGCCCGUGCUGUGCGUGUCUUUGAUCUGCAAUGUAGUCUGUUGUUGGCUCUUUUAUGUAUAAAAGGGGAGGCCUGAUGCCAUACAUUGUGCUGUGCUCUGUUCAGAGGACACACUGCCAGCUGAUGUACAGUCCUAUAGUCAAAGCCAGAUUUGAUGGAUAUUUUGCCAUGUGUACAUGUCGUAUGUUGAGUUCUAAUUUCAUUGUUGCUUAGUUACUGUGGUUGGCCUGCAGAACACAGAAUACGUGCACAUGCUUUAACUGUCAGAAGCCCUGUGCAUUGUGUGAUAUUGCCGUGCUUGCUGUAUGUGUGGAACUGUGCAUGUUAUGGGUGAAAUAUAAUAUAAUCUCUUUCACAAGAGAUGUCUCCCUGCUUCCUUGCAGCCUGGAGAGCAGUAACAUGGGGUAGUAUGCAUGGGUGUAACAAACUGCCCCGUCUGGAAGAUGGAGCUGCUGGAGAAGCCGAAGGUAAAAAGACUACGACUGGACAACAUGUAUGAAGGUGAGACACUGGAAACGUGAGCAGGCAUGCCUCCCAUACAUUGUCGUCUGUAGAUCCUCUAAUCCAUUACAACAGGAGGCAGCAAGGUGUGACCGUGGUAGCUUUGGCAUAUCCGAGCUCAGUGUGCCUGGCUCUUGGACUCCGCCUCUCCUCGUUUACGGAUCUAGUUCCUAACUGAUCACUGGGAGAUGUAGACCGUAACAAAAACACCUACUAUGGUAUAACACAUUGAUAUUGUGCAAAGAAAUAGUUGGUAAAAUGUUCCCCUGUUUGACCAGUAACAUUUGCAGGGUUGAUCAGUAAACACCAGAUUUUGCCUAUAUGGAUACAGUUCAGUUAAAAUUUUCACCAGAAUAGUGAUCAUCAUAUUUCCUAAAGCUAAUUCCGCUUGGAAUUCUGUCAACCUAAUCGAAUCUGCACCAAUUGGCAGGAUGCAUUGUGUGGUUUAAAAUAGUGCUUUUCACAUCCGAACCCUAUACAUGUAUUCCUUACCCUAUAGGGUUAAAACCACCAUCUAGCCCCCCUGGGCACUUCAUUCCUCCCUAAAUAUAGCAAAAUCUUACUCGUAUUCAAGCUUGAAGCUGUAGCUCUGCAUGCUGUUUGCAUCAGAAUAGCAAGCUGUCUGCUGACAUCAUCAGAAGUGGUAGCCUGAUCCAAUCAUAGUGCUUCUCCAUAGGAUUGGCUGAGACUGACAAGGAGGCAAAUCAGGGCAGAGCCAGCACAAUUCAAACACAGCCCUGGCCAAUCAGCCUCUCCUCAUAGAGAAGAAUUGAAUUAAUGAAUCUCUAUGAGGAAAGUUCAGUGUCUGCAUGCAGAGGGAGGAAACACUGAAUGUUUGGAUGCAUUUUAGGCAGCCAUGACCCAGGAAGGAUCUCUAACAGCCAUCUGAGGAGUGGCCAGUGAAGUUAUCACUAGGCUGUAAUGUAAACACUGCAUUUUCUCUGAAAAGACAGUGUUUACAGCAAAAAGCCUAAAGGUAAUGAUUCUACUCACCAGAACGUCAAUAAGCUGUAGUUGUUCUGGUGACUAUAGUGUCCCUUUAAACUAAAUAGGGACCAGAUGCCUCCAGGUGGAUGCACAUGCUUUCAUGCAAGCAAAAGAUAAUUGGAAGUACUAUUUGUUCACUUGCAGCCUGUGUGCAAAUAGUAAAAAAAUACAUGUUGAUGUUUGGGUUAAAGGGUUCGUCCAGCGUUUCCCUAUGAAACGAUGAAAUGCUGCACAGACCGAGUUUAACCCCUUUGCUGCUGGAGUUGUAACCCUACUUUUAGCAGCGUCAUUAGCCAUCAUUGUUCGUUCUAUGCAUAUUGGACGUCUGAUGUCCGCAUGCACAGCAUGCUGUCAACAAGCGUCCAAAGACGACACCCUCUCUCCACGCUGCCCGUACCCCACCCUCCCUGACAUCUGAGGGGGAGUGAUGUCAGCACAGGGGUACUUGCCUGUCAGAGUGCUCUGACGGACAUUUCAAAGCAUGGGGAACCCUUUAUUUGAUUUGGCCUUUGAUGCAUUAUUUCCUUUAGGAGUUCAACCAUUGUAGAAUCGUUUAACCCCGAAGUUGCCUCCAGCACCGCACUCAACUCCCCAUGGUGGCAUCAGACUUCUAAAAUACUCCCCUUUCACAAAACUGGCUUAAAAAGAAACGCACCUUUUCCAAUCCAGUUUUUUGAAUGGGGAGUCACUGAUUGGCUGAGAGCGUCUGCUGACCACUCUCAGCCAAUCAGUGGCAACCCUGCCCAACAGCACUCCAAACGUUUCAGAAGCAAAUGCUGCCAGGGAGGAGCUGAGACAGGUGCUGGAGGCAACUUUGGGGUUAAACUGUUUGAGAAAGGUUUAACCGCUGAAGGUAAGAAUGUGCCUGGGUGCCUCAUGGCACCAUAACAACUUCAUUUAUAUGUUAGAUUUAGUUGUCAUGGUGCCUAAACUGCCCCUUGAAGAAUAAAGAAGACUGCUAAAGGUAAGUAUGCACAUUUAAUUUGGAGGUAUUAGAUUUAUUGCCUUCACCCCCCCAGUUAUUAAGGGGAGCUGUGUAAGCAAAAAAUAUAUUUGGGGGGAGGGUGGCUAUUAGUUUUGGCCUGUUAGAAUUAAUAUGCCUUUCACUCAAAGCCUGAGGUUGACUGUGUGAAGAGGGGGGUGAUGUUACUGCGGCAGUGAUUCUGGGUUGGUAUAUGCAAGUGAAUUCAAGAAAGAAUCACCUUUUUGCCUCUAUUCAAUUUCUGUGGUGUUUGUUUGCUAUAUACAAGUGAUAUAUACCGUAUUUAUCGGCGUAUAACACGCACCGGCGUAUAACACGCACCUCAUUUUAAGAAUGAUUUUCACAGUGAGAAGCACGCAAGCGCCUCUAGCGGCUGUCAAUGAGACAGCCACUAGAGGCUCUGGAGGCUGGAUUAACCCUCAGUAUAAACAUAACAGUUUCUCUGAAACUGCUAUGUUUAUAUAAAAAAAAAAAGGGUUAAUCCUAGAGGGACCUGGCACCCAGACCACUUCAUAAAGCUGAAGUGGUCUGGGUGCCUAGAGUGGUCCUUUAAAUUUCAAAUAAAGAACUUCUUACCCCCCUUUCUUACUCCCACCUCUUCUUACCCCCUUCUUACUCCCCCUCCCCCUCUACUUACCCCCCUUUCUUACUCCCCCCUCCCCUCUUACCCCUUUCUUACUCCCCCCUCUUCUUGCCUCUCCCCCCUCCCUCUACCCCUUUUCUUACUCCCCCUCCUACCCCUCUUUCCACUCCCCUUCCUCUCUUCUUACCCCCCCUUUCUUGCUCCCCUCCCCUCUUCCUGCCCCUCUUCUUCUUACUCCCCUUCCUUACUCCUCCUCUCUUCUUACUUUCCUCCUCCCCUCUUCUUACUUCCCCUCCCCCUCUUGCCUUUCUUACUCCCCUCUUCUUACCCCUUUCUUGCUCCCUCUCCCUUCUUGCCCCUCCCUUUUCUUCUCCCCCCCUCUCUUGCUCCCCUCCCCUCCCCUCUUCUUACCCCACUCCCCCUCUAUUCACCCCCUUCUUACCCACCUCCCCUGUAGCGUGGCCGAGCCGCUCUGCUGUCCGCGGUGGCCGGCUGGAGUGAUAGGAGUUCCUGUUUCCUGUACCCGGUCGGACUGACAGGAAGGUGCACACUGAGCGUGCACCUUCCUAUCACUCCGGCCGGCCACCGCGGACAGCAGAGUGGCUCGGCCACGCUACAGGGGAGGUGAGUACCAACUCUUGACAGAGCGCUCAGGCGGCUGCAGUAUUUAAAGGGCCGGCGUAUAACAUGCACCCACAAUUUCUCCCCUAUUUUCAGGGAGAAAAAGUGUGUGUUAUACGCCGAUAAAUACGGUAUAUAUACAUCGAUUACUGACCCUAUAGUGUUAAAACAAUCAUCUAGCCCCUGGCCCCCCCUAAAUAUGGGAAAAUCUUACUUUUAUUCCAGUCUGCUGCUGCUGCUGCUGGCUGUGGCCCAGGUAUGUCUGCUUGUCUGACUUCAUCGUAAAUCUGAGGUCUAAGCCAAUCACAAUGAUUUCCCAGGAAAGCAUUGGAUUGGCUGAGACUGUCAAGGAACCGACACAAGCCAAACACAGCCCUGGCCAAUCGGCAUCUCCUCAUAGAGUUGCAUUAAAUAAAUGCAUCUGCAUGCAGAUGGUGGAGACACUGAAUGGCCGUCACACUGUGCAGCACUGCCCCAGGAAGCACCUCUAGCAGUCAUCUGAGGAGUGGCCAGUGGAGUAACAUCAUAGGGCCUAGGCUGUAAUGUAAACACUGCCUUUUCGCUGAAAACACAGUGUUUACUGCAAAUAGUCUGAAGGGAAUGAUUAUACACACCAGAACAAAUACAAUAAGCUGUAGAUGUUCUGGUGACUAUAGUGUCCCUUUAAUUUUAAUAUGCGGCUUGCUAGCAAGUGCUAACCAGCUGCCCCAUAAUUAAAGGACCACUAUAGUGCCAGGAAAACAAACUCGUUUUCCUGGCACUAUAGUGCCCUUAAGGGGUGCCCCAACCCUCAGGGUCCCACUCCCACCGGGCUGAAGGGGGUUAAACACUCGCCCUUCUCCAGCGCCGGGCUCCCUCGGCGCUGGGGACUCUCCUCCUCCUUCGCACGCGCAUUCAGCCAGUCCAUAGGAAAGCACUCUCCAUGCUUUCCUAUGGACGUUGGCGUCUUCUCACUGUGAAAAUCACAGUGAGAAGCGCGGAAGUGCCUCUAGCGGCUGUCAAUGAGAGAGCCACUAGAGGCUGGAUUAACCCAUAUGUAAACAUAGCAGUUUCUCUGAAACUGCUAUGUUUAAAUCAGGCAGGGUUAAUCCUAGAUGGACCUGGCACCCAGACCACUUCAUUAUGCUGAAGUGGUCUGGGUGCCUAUAGUGAUCCUUUAACCCUUGCACUGCCAAGGGAUUUUUUUAAAUCCUGUCUUGAGUUUAAGUAUCUGGUUCUGCAGUGAUUAGUCCUAGCUAUGUUCCAGGUUGAUUCAUUUUGGCUGAAAAUGUGCAAAUUCUCUGUUAAGUCCCCACAAUUCAGUAAACCCCACAUUGUUCGCACGCUAGCUCCUUACAUUACCUGCGUUUAGAGCUUGACUGUUCUUUCAUCGGUGAUUGAAGCCAGACAUGAAUGAAAGUGUUUGGAAUAGACAAAUGUUUUCAUCAGGGUUAGAUACAUUGAUAAUUACUUGGGAUUGUUCUGUGAGCCCAAAUAGAUCUCUUACUGGUCAAAUAUAUUUCAUUGUCGUUUGUUUAAAGUCAGGUAAAAUAAAAUAUUUUGCACUAUUCUCCUGAAAGGGAAGAUGAAGCUUAUCAGCCCUAUGGGCCCUGUAGAUGAGGAUAUAACAAGUUACUGAUAAAAGCAUUUUAUUGCAGACAGCUUACUUGUCAGCUGAAGGAGCAAGCAGACAGCAACGCUUGCUCGGCAUCUUUAAGUCACCCAUUGGGAAGGAAGCCAUGUACGUUUAAUAGUCCCUUUUUUCUGACAUCCGGCAUAGGCUGUUGUGUGCCCUUAGUCUGUUGGUGGGUGAAUUUCUAUCAUUGCUGCUGCAAUGACAGCUGCAGGCAUACAGAUGUAAUUGGUUCUGGGGACCUAGUUAGCAUUCUGUCUGUCUGGAGUUAUUGGCCUCGACCAGAUCAGUCUGAAUGCUACUAUCUAAGGAAGAUACACAUUGGAUAGAGGUAAUGUAUAGGUACAGAAUAGCAGGGAACUAAAUCAAAAGUAAUUUGGGGAAAAAAAAUGCAGGUUGCACGCUAGGUACAAAUGUAUCAGGAGUACACAUUGGCCUGACUUAUGAAGGGACACCAACACAUGUAAAACCUCAUGAGACAUACCAAAGAGACAGAAUGACUUGUAGUAGAGCAGAGAUACUGAGAGAGAUCUACCUGUUUCUUUUAGUGUAUAUAUACCUUGUACCUACAUAAAUAAUUUGCUAUAGGAGAAAAUUAUUUCCACAUUGGUAUGCUGGCUAAAUUCACCGGGUUCUUAAAGAUCUGUCUAUUUAACAUAGUACAAAAAUUUAAUACCUGCAUAAAACAAAGGAAUUUUAUUACAAAGUACAGUGGAACCUCAGAACUCGAACAUUCCUGUUCUCGAACAAUUUGGAAGGUGAACUGAAAUUUUGCGUAAUACAAAUGUCUUCUCGGUACCUGAACACAUCACACGGCAUUCAAAGAGGGACACAAGUGUGGGGAAGCAUGGGAUACAAGUGUGAGAUGAGGAAAUCUGGGCAGAUGGACUAUGUAAAGGGAUAGAGGAGAAAAUAGGGAGAGGAAAACCAGAGGGCAGAGGAACACAAGUAAAGGUUUAAGGGAUAUGGACAGAAUUAUUAUGCAAGGAGAAAGAGGAAAAUAGGAGAAGGAUACCAGAGGACAAAGGGACACAAGUAAGGGAAGAGGGACUAUGGACAUAAGGAUACAAGCAGAGGAAAGAGGGAUAUUAGAUAUUUUGGACGUGAUACAGCCACUUUUUAUGCUUUUGUAUGUAAUGGCAGAAGAACAAUUACCUAAUUUUGGGAGUCUGGAACGGACUAACCCCUUAAGGACACAUGACAUGUGUGACAUGUCAUGAUUCUCUUUUAUUCCAGAAGUUUGGUCCUUAAGGGGUUAAACAAAUUUACAUUAAUUCCUAUGGGAAAUGUUGAUUUGGUACUCGAACAAAUCGGAACUCGAGCAGCCUUCUGGAACGGAUUAAGUUCGAGUUCCAAGGUUCCACUGUAGCUCAUUACUAGCUAUAACAGCAGUAUAUAGCUUGGCACCAUGGGAUAGAAACCCCUAGUGUGUCUACAAUGCCCAGUUAUUAAAAGCUCAGUAGCAGAAAAUUAAAUGAAUUCAGUGCUAAAUGACAACAACCGAAAACCCCCCACACAAAAAAGCCAGACAUGCAUUUUGGUGUGUAACACCUUAGUCAGGGAUGACAUAAUCCAUAGAAGGGACAUAACUAAUCAGUGACUGUAGCUGGGCAGUGCGUAAAAUAUCUUAAAAUGGACAUUAGAAUUAUUUUUCUUAAAUGGACACUAUAGGCAUUGCAGUUUUAGAGAAACUGUUUAUAGUGCAGGCCGCUAGAGGCUCUUCCAGCAUUAACAUGGAGUUUAACCUUGUGAACCGAUGCUGGACCUCCUCGUGCUUUUUUAUGAGAAUGUCCAACACCUUAAAAAAAACCCAUGAGGAAGCUCUAAUGCGUGUGCUGCACUCGCUGAGCAUGCACAUUGGGUUCCUGGAUUACCGUGACAUCACUGGAGGAGGAGCAUGAUACAGCACAGAGGGAUGCUGUAAUCAAGCAAGUAAGAUAAGGGUUUUUAACCUAUUCUUGACUGCGCAGGGGGGCUGAGGGAGGUCACUGAGGCAGAGCAGGCUAAUAAGUGGGAAUUAGAGGGAAUUCCUGCUCUUGUGCAUUCGUCUAUGUUUGGGGAAAUGUCCCUGAACACAGACAUGCGCACCAGAGCAGGGAAUCCCUUAAAUCUAUGUUCGGUGAAAUCUGCCUGAACAAAGAUUAGAUGGAUUCCCUGCUCUGGUGCGUUCGUCUAUGUUCAGGGAAAUUUCCCCAAACAUAGAAGAACGCAGCAGAGCAGGGAAUCCCUUAACUCCUCACUUACCGACCAAUUCGUUCUACGACCGGGUCGUAGGAACGGAACCCGGUCUGUAAGUGAGGAGUACCUGUACAGUUUUGUAUUCCCAACUUUAUAGUGUUCUUUCAAAUGUUUUCUUUAAGGACAAAAACAUACUAAAAAGGCAUAUUUUUUUAAACAGACAAUUCAGACACAUUACAGUUAGUUGUACUGUGUGGGAUUUGUGUAUUCAUAUUACUUAUGGGUGUUUGUUUUGUAAGAGUUUCGCUCCAUAAGCCCCAAACAUGCAGCCUUUCCUCCUUUCUUCUCCAACCUGCAAAGUUGUUCUUUUUAGUCCAAUAAUACUGCUGUAAAUGUCAUAACUUUUCUGGAACUUGCAGUUCAACUGUUUUUAUCUAGUUCGCAAUACUCCUAACUUUUUAUUUUGGCAAUUAUUGUCUGUGUGACAUUCAGUAACUUUACACUAUAAAUGUUGGUACUUUAUAAAUACACGCAACAAGUUGAAUAUAGAAUGUGACCGAUUUAAUGUGUUUGAUUAAGCACAUCUUGGAUGAAGUUAAGCCAGAGGUUAUAUCGUGUACGGUACAUACACGGGUACAUUUUAAUUAAUGACCGUGUCUGUUCUUUCUCACUGAUUACCUCCUAGUGGAUGAAUUCCUAAAAUAUAUUCCUGAGUGACGUUGGUUCAGCUAAUUCCUCUUUAUCUUUGCAUAAUAACCUGAAGCGACUGCUUACUAGGAGGCUCACAAUCCUGCCGCUAUACCAUCUGCCUCUCUGUGCACUGGGAUAAAAAUAGCUGCAGUUAUACGAGUAAGCACUGAACCGCAAUAUCCGUUAUCACAAUGUAUUCACCUGGAUUCUGGGAUAUUAAUAGGAAUUCAAGGCUCUAUUUUGCAUGGUAUGUAUUUUAACAUCGCCAUGUAUAAUAGAAGCAGGAUCGUAUUGCUAAUCAUAAAUCCUGGAUAUGUGCAUAUAAAUAAUAUUACUGGUAAUCUCCUUUCUUUCACACAUGUGUACAAGGGAUGCGUUUUGUUCUGCACUGCAAGGCGAUGUUUUUCACUCUGCAUCUCUGGACAAGUGUUGUAAGUGGUGUCCUGCACCCAAUGGGAUGAACGGGGGGACAUAACCAUUGGGUGUGAGGCAAUGUAUGCUACUCUUGAUGAGGAAAUGAGUGUCACCAUCCAAAAAUGUAGUGCAUCAUUGGCCAGCCCCACUCAUGGGUGCCCAUGCACAAGCUUAAUAUUUAUAUACGUAAUUAUACUUUUUUCUUUAGAUUAUAAAACUUAUUUGAGCAGGGCUCUCGCCACCAUUUUGUUCCUGUAUGUUUAACAUGUCCUGUUGCAAUUACACAGUUGUAAACACAUAUAUAUAGUGCUACAGGAUAUGUUCUGAAUGAUAAACUUAUAAGGUGAAUUGUUAACCAUGGAUUGAUAAUCUAUUGUUUGAUCAUUUCCUACAUGUUAAUGGUUGCCAAUGAGCCUUUAAUAAUAUCACAAACUUUUCCCGUUUUGUACAUACCUUUUUCACACUGUUGUUUGAACGGGGAACCAAUGAUAGGCUAAAAAAGUCUGCUGAGGAGGGAUCACCACUAAACGUGACACAUGUUACUGGGUCGGCCCCCAGCCUUUUGGACCAUGCAGAGAGCACUGUUUCCUGCAUGGUAUUAAUGCGUCCUGCAUGGGCAGUGAUGCAUUACUUUUUCGGGUAAUGCUGCUCAUAUUUCAGACUGGCCUGCCGGUCACCUCAUAAAGAUAUACAUUGCAUCUCUGACAUGUCCCAUUAUUGUGCUACCUGGGGGGUCAGUACCCUGGUGUCCCCAGAUGCAGGAUAUCAGGAACUAAAGCGAGAUUGGUGGGAGUCCUGUGCUCUCAACCUGUCACCGGUGCCUGAUCCAGGGUUUCUUCAUUGAAGCAUUGGACAUCGCUGGAAGACGAGAGACAGAUCUGGCGAGUGCCAUCUUCACAACUAAAAGUUUAAACCAUUCUGAAACAGUUUAACCCCUUAAGGUUGGACGGCACCCAGGACCUCCUUGCACCAUAAUAACAACUUCAUUUAAAUUAAUUUAUGGUUCCUGGAGUCUUUCUUUAAGCCAAGUUUUAAAUUCACGAUUUCCAAUUGUGGAGUCAUUAACACAAAACUGUGAAGACCUAUUUGGAUUGUGAUAGUGGCCAUGCAAUAUACAAUACUGGCCAAAGUUUAGAAACCAUUAUCAAAUUAAAUAUAAAAUACGCAAUUGCAGCUCAAAUAUGGUACAUUUAUGACCAAACAUUCAAUAUUAAAAGAGAUGCAGAAUGUUCCUCUAAUUAAUCGCUAAUAUGAUUAACCUUUUGACCUUUAAGUAAUCAGGCAGUCAUAGAGUUAACGUGUAUCACUUCAGCCGUGAAAAAAAAUGAGGCAGUUUGUAUGUGCCUGCAGCACGUAAUGUGCAUAAGCUGUGAGCUUGCCGCUGGUUAUUAUGAGACAUUAUCCCAGUGUAUGGUGUAAUCUACACACUGUAGCCUGCGGCAGACUGUGUGUGUGACCAGUAAUCACAUAGAGAGUGUGCUAUAAAUGGUGUGAUCUGAAUGAUGGCCGAUAUGGCAGUCCAUGGGCUGGCUGUUGGUAAGACUGUUUGUUUUUAGGGUUAACGGUCUCUUGUGAGCUGUGUUUUCUGGCUAAUGUCGUUUGUAGCAGUCUGUUGGCAAAAGGAUUAAAACCAUGCAGCAUGCGGGUUACAAAUAUAUAGCGAUUUGCUGUUUAUCUGUGAUGUGCGGAGGGAUUAAGUGUUUUCUAAGAAGCUGCACUUGGCUCUAUAUAGGAAUUGUUCCAAUGCAUGCGUUUUCUGUAAUGUUUGUGGUGCAGGGUCCGUAGACGGAGCUUACUGGAUCAUAAAUGCCACAUAUUGCUUUCACGGUACUGGUAGAGAGUCUGCUUGGAGUCGGACUUGCUGGUGUAGAAAGCAUUUUCCUGUUUGUGUUAUAGGAUGUCUGCGAUGAGUCAUUUUGUAACGUGAUUAACAAGCUGCUUAUUGGAUUCAUGUUAUUUAUUUAUAAAGCAGUAACCGAUCGCUGUGCCCUUUCACCCAGUUGUUACUGGAUAUCCCCUCGCACCCUUUGAAUCUCAAUUCUCCCAUUGUCUCCCUUCUAUACUUUUCACAAUUUCUCGAGCACUCUGUUUGAUGAAGAUGCUUUGGAAACCAGGCAAAACAGGACCCGUUACUGGAAUAUUGCUGUUAAACGAUACAGCUAAAUAUUUAGCUCUUCCACUGUCCACAGUAUAACACCCAGCAGCACACAGUACAUGCGUUUUAUUGGAUCAAUAAUGUGCCUGGUCAUUAUUGAUAGGUUAACUCCAGGACUCCACUUACUUACACUUACUUAGUAUGACACUUUAGCCUUGGGAUUACAUAGUUGUAUUCCUAACGCUAUGGUGUUCUUUAAGUAUUUAGGAGACCAUCCACCACGCCUCCCAUUUGCAAUAAAAAAAAAUAAUUUUACUUACGUUUCAUCUCUUGCCCCACCGGACUUCAUGCUGCCAUCCCUAAUCAUGGUUUUGUGAAAUCAGAUCAUGGGCAGAGUCAGUAGCUGAAUAUAAGUAAGAUUUUACUAUAUUUAUGGGAGGGAGUAGGGGGGCUAGAUGGUGGUGUUUGUGUUCCUGACCCUAUAGUAUUCCUUUAAGCUGUAGUGGUUCUGGUGACCAUAAUGUUCCUUUUAAGAAUUGUUUUUCUGUGGUUGAAAAAAACCUGUCAUCUAACUUUUUUAGCUGGCUCCUAGAUUCAAAGAAACUUUGUUAAGCCCUGUCCUAAUGUCCUUCUUUUCUAGAAGCUCCAUAUACUCAUAGUAAUGUGUCUUUAAAAUACAAAAAAAAGUUUUUAGAAAUCAGUCUGAGGAAGUAUUAUGCAUUGUUCUUGUUCUAAAAAACAUUUUAGUUGUAUAAAUUAUUAGUAAGUCACCUAAAAUUUCUCAGAACAGCCCUGCCUAUUGCCACACUCCCACACACACCCCUAAAAUUAAAGUGCCCCUUUUCGUCCAUGUGAAAUGUUGAGAGUAUGCAUCCAGAGAUAUUGGCAAGUUGCACCCCCAGCACGUAAUUUAGGCAGCCCUGCAAAAAUUCCAUCAGUCGUCUGCAUGCGCUUUGGCCUGGAGAUCAGUUCAACCAAACGCUUAUCUUUGAGUACUUCAAAGUGAAAAUACGCUGCACAUACAGACUCCAGGCACCAAUACCACUUCACAUCAACAAAGUGGUUUCAGGGCUUGGAUUAACCAUUUAAUUAUUUAUUUUAAUUAUAUAUAUAUAUUGAGAAUUCCACUUUAUCUGAGCAGCCAUUUUGAGUGCGAUUCUAAUGUGUCGAACCAAUGCCUUUCUAUGGGAAAGCAUUGUGAUUGGCUGAGAUAAUUUCUGAUGAUUUCAGCAAAGGAGGCGGAUUAGGGGUGGGGCCAGACGCGAAGAGCCUGGAAUAAAGGUGAGUCAAACACGUAUUUAAACUGAGGUAAGUGGGCCGACCACCUAAACGGUGGCUUUAGAAAUAUAGUGUAAGGAUUACACGUUUGUGUUCCUGACACUAUAGUGCCUGUUUACGUACAGAAGAAAAGGAGUUGGCUGUGCCAUGGGUAUCCAGCAGUCAUCCAUCUCUACUGCCUAUAAUAAACUUCAGAGCUAAGGGGGAACCAUUUAAGAACUGUAUGUUUUCUGAUUAUUAUUUUUUUAAGAAAGUCACACUGGUAGAAGUCACUUAAAGGGAUUCUCUAGUGCCAGGAAAACAAACCCGUUUUCCUAGCACUGUAUAAUCUUGGAGUGCCCCCUUCCCACCGCCCCGCAUCCCACGUCGCUGAAGGGGUUAAAAUGCAGAGCGUGAGGACGUCCAGCAUCGUUUAGACGACCAAAAGUAGUCUAAGAAGCCGGAAGUCCCUCUAGUGGCUGUCUGGUAGACAGCCACUAGAUGAGGACUUAACCCUUCAAGGUAAUUAUUGCAGUUUAUAAAAAGUGCAAUAUUACACUUGCAGGGUUAAGGGUGAUGGGAGUUGGUACCCAGACCACUUCAAUGGGCUGAAUUGGUCUGGUUGCCUACAGUGUCCCUUUAAGUACUAGGUUUCGGAAAUUGUUGAAGUAAUGAUUUUACUUUUAACAGCAGUGGCCUCUUCUGCUGGCGUAACACAAUAUUCUCUUCCUAUGGACUUGUUCAUUCUAAAUUGAGAAAUCAGUUGGGGUCUGAUAUAGCAGAAAAGCUUGUUGUUGAGUCGGCUGCAGAAGACUGUUUUACGUUUUUCAUGUGAGCCCAGCUGAUGUAUUUCAGUUUUUUUUAUUUAUAUAUAUAUAUAUUGUUUAACCUCUUCAGUUAACAAACAAUGAUGUUUAUGCUAAAUAACGUUAUUGCUUUAGUUAAAUAAAACUAUUUCUGUAAUUCUCCAAAUAUGAGUGAUUGCCCUAUUAAACUAAAAUCUAUUCUGACAUAGUGUUACUAAUCUGACAGGUUAUUAUUCUUGCAUUCAUCUGGAUGCAAGUUUAAAUAUUAUAACUACCAGCAAGAAUAGGUCUUUACAUUUAAAUCAAGUCUCACUGAUUAGUGAUUUAAAUAAUGAUUUAAAUUGUAAAUGAAGUCGAUUUGAUGGGGUGCACAGAGCAAUAGCAGCAGUCAGGGCCCAAGCCCCCGCCAUACACAAGUCAUAAAACAUAUACAUAUUUUUAUUUAUUUUUCCCCCAGACUUAUUUUUUUUUUUUUUAAUGUGUUCAUCUUAAACAUUCCAUCUUUUAAGUUUCAAAGAAGCUUUAUUUGUGCCGUCAAAACAAUGACAGCAGUAUAGCAAGGCAGAGAAGUAACGUAUGAGUAACGUCUCUCAUAAAAACAAUCAACAGUGUUAUAGAGCUUAAUACAAUCGAGUGACAUCGCUAUUAAAUCUAUUAGAAAGCUGUAGUUAGAUCAAGCAGAAAUUGUCACCAGGUAGCCUCACUGGAUUGGGCAUAAAGCGAGCUGUUAUUCGAUCACUUUAAUACAGGAAGGGAUAUAAGCUGCAGUCGAGGUACGCAGGUCUCAUAUGUAAUCACUCGACCCUAUAUCGUGACAUAUAAUAGUGGAAUAGCCCUAUAAGGUGCAGAAACAUUAAGGAGUAGCUUGUGUAGGCUUCCUUUUUAACUAGUCCUUUGUGCCGAUGUUGGUGUGAAAGGGUGGAAUCCCCUGAACAUAUACAUACUUACACAGUAAUAAAAAAUAUAAAUUUAUAAUCUGUGAAAAAGUGUGGGGGUUACUUGAGAAAGGUCCGAUUUGUACGACCAAAAUGUUGGGGUAUUCCUUGACCCAACAACGCUGAUUUUCACCAGUGAUAGAGUGCUAGCAUGUCUGCUUGCUAUUAUUUGAUUUUCAGUUUUGGCACAUUUUUAAAUCUCAGGGUCUGUAGCUAUCCCAGCUAAACGUGUAACAAAAUUAAGCCUCUUCAUGUGAGGAUAUCACACCAAGGAUGGCUUACUGGUAGCUCUCUAGCAAUAGUAUAACUACAACUUCUGUGGUGCUUUGCCAUUAUGCGAUUUAUAGCUGGCAUUAAUGGAGGUCCUAGCUGGAGAGCUACCCCUGAAAUACACUGUAUACAUCCUCCCAAGUGAUUGGACCUAAAUCCCCCAGUCCCACUUUUGGACCUAAAUCCCACUGUCCUUCUCUUCUAUCCUAAUGUCCCUCUUCUCUAGGGGCUCCAUAUUGUUGUAUGACUUUAUAAGAGAGAUCUGCAGCAAUAAAACCUCAGAAAUGUGUCUUUAAAUCCCAAUAAAUGUAUUUAGUGGCUGUCUGGUAUACUGCCACUAGAGGCAGUCCUAGGACUGAUAUGUAGACAAUUCUUGAAGUGCGUCUGAUCUUCCUAAAAGAAAAAUUAUAAUAAUAAAAAAAAAAAAAAAUUUCGAACUCUCCGAACAGAAUGUACGUUUAGUAUACAGUGUAAGUUCUUUCAACUGACAUCACUAAUAUAAAAUAUUUAUUGCUUGAUAAACUUCAGGGUCUGUAACCAGUGGAUCAUAAGACUACUACUUUUCUUAAAAUAUAUAUUUUUAAAUUUUCAUAUAGAAAUCCUCUCUCUAUAUACAGAUAGUGAGUUCCUGCCUCUUACAUUCUGCAAACAUUUGUUAACCCCUGAUCUAGACUAUUGAACAGUGGGUUAAUCCUGAGCCUAAUCCAAAAACGACAUGCUAAUAACAGACACAUCUGUUCUCACUCACAAUACAUACAGCAGUCCAGAUCAAUGUAUCUCCCCUACAUGACUGGAUCGUUCAGUAAAAGUUGGAAUCCAAGCUUUAAAUUCAUCUGGGUUAACAAUACUGUAGAAUUAGUUAUUUUACCUUUGCUAAAAUAAAACUAAAUUCAUCUCCCUGUCCGUUUCCUUUGUAUUUGUCCUCUGUAUGUAGCUUUAGGGAUUAGUGUGUGAUCUCGUAAGGAUUAAGGUCAGUGUGAGUUAGUGUGAUGGGCAGAAUUAAGCGCUUGGUUGAGCUGUUGCCAUGUUUCAUCAGAAAUCUCAUUAUGCUAUGGAUGCAAAAAAAUUAAAUAUGGUCGUUUUCAUUGUGAUUUAGUUGCCUAAACUAUGCAAGUUGUAAUUCUGGUACUAUUUUUUUUUUUUUUUUAAAUGUAUUUAUUUAAGCUGUUAAAAGAUAAAUAGCUGAAUGGGAGUAAUUCUCCAAUUGUAGAAGUUUUUGUCUGCUAUUUUUGAAAUGUGGUUGGCAAAUCUUUUAGUGAAUAAACGAAUUAAAAAUUUACAUUUCUUCCCCAUCAGAAAGUCAGAUACUCGUGUUAGAAAAGUACAGUAAUAUUUAAAGUAACACACCAAGCACCAUAACCACUACAGCUUACAAAAAAUCUGUUAGCUCUGCUGAGCUAAGCCCCGAAAUGCAGGGCAUUGCUCAUUGGCUUAGAGUGAUCAGCUGACACCCUCAGCCAGUGAGCUAACCCCUGCUAAGAUGUUCCAGUUCCUAAUACUUUGACUUCUUCCAAUGGGGUGGUGACAAGGCCAGCGAAAUAUAGUGUAUAUUGUACGGCGCAGCAGAAUUAGUUGGCACUACAUAAAUACCAAUAAUAAUAGUGGUUAAGGUGUUUGCAGUGUUCCGUUUAACCCUUUUCUAGGGCUGAGUGGCACAUUACUCAUAUGAGAGAGCUGUGAAUACCUGGCAAAGGUAUUUCAACAUUUUGGCACAAAUAGCUGAUAAAUGGCAGAGUUGGAGUUCUCUGCAAUUUCUGGUUUAACAUACUUCUCUCUACCUUUUUAAACCAAACAUGUUUAAUAGGUCCCAAACACUUUGUAGUUUGUAAAAUCAUAGAAAAUCAAGGAAAGUCCUGCUUAUGUAGGUUUUGUAUUUAAAAUAAAUGUACCAUGAUAAAGAAACAUAUGUUCUGGCAAAUUAUUUUGUUACAUUAUCUGAACUUAUUUGAAUUGCAAAAAAAAAAAAAAAAAGUCUUAUAUACUCUACGGCUGUGUGGCAGACUCUGCAUCAUUGAAAAUAUACUGGGGUAUUAAUUAUGAGGUAUUCAUGUAAGGUGAUGGGCUAUGUAUUCGGUAUUCCAAUAUAGGGAUAUGCUGAUUGGGUUUCCCACAGAUCACAGUGUUGCCUUUUAUAAAUGUGUCCGCUUUAUUUAUUUAUUUUUCCCAUUUUACAAAAAUUGCAGAUUUCUAUAGAAAACUGCCACUUUUAUAAAUGAACAUUGUUACACUCCCCCUGGCUGUCAGUCAGAAAAUCUGUCCUGUUACUUCCUGGUUUGGUUAGCUCAGUGGAGCUAGACUCAAGAGGCAGCAUUUGCACAGAGCACCUGCCUUGCAAAGACUUCUCAUCAAGCUGCAUUGGGAAGUCUGUGAUUGGACAGUCACAGAAAUUAUGGGUGGGGUUAGAAAGGGGGGACUUGCAAAGGAAGCAGACAAGAGAUCUUCAGUUUUUUCAAGCCAUUUUUAUAUAUAACUCUAAUGAAAAAAAUGCAUGAUUAAUUGCACGCAUAUUUUCACAAGGGAUAUAUCUACUAAAAAGUUAUUUUUUUAACAUUUAGGCUGUUGACUGUCCCUUUAACACAUUCUGCUCUGCUGAAGCCCAUGUAAGGGAGCAGGGAGAACAACGUUUGGGAAGAAGUGAAUGAUGGUGACUUAUAAGUAGCCAUACCCAGCAUUUGUAUUUCUCUCCGUAACACAGCUGCUGAAGAAGCAGAGGGAUACAGGUUCUCAUGUGCCCUCACACUGGAGCCCAAAUAAACCAGCUGGCACACGGUACAGUACUAAUAAACCCACAAGAGCUCUGGAAUGGGUUGUAGGAGCAGCAAUGUUUUCUUUUCAACAGCUAUACCCACUGUGUCAAUUAGUUUUUCUGAUUGUCAGUACAGUGGAUGCAGUAUUUACGUGCCAAUAACAUAAGUUAAUAUAUAAAUAGAUGGGUGACGUAUUGCCACACAGAAAACUACAUUCUUUUUUUUUCUUUUUUUUUUUUUUACCAGUUUUUGCAUUUUUAUUUUCAUCUUUCCCUCAUAUAUAAACCAUUAAGAUCACAGAAAAGCCCUCCGUUCAACUUUAUUUUGACGUAAAUCUGAAAAUUCUUUAUCUAUGGAACAGUUACAUUUAUAGGGUUCACCAUAGCGAACUGGCAGGUGAAAACCCCUGUUGCCGCUGAAGUUCUGGAUAAACUAUUUACAUAAGGAAAGCUGGAUCAUACAAAAAUGAAUGUUUUAGCCUUCUUGCCCGAGAUCUUUUGCAUGCAUUGCAAUAAUAGUUUGAGGCAUUGUUGGUUAUAGAGGUUAGUCAGGGGGUGUUGUUGUGAGUGGUUUGAGCUGCAGUUGAUGGCUGCCAGUGGUCGCCAAUUCCUUGCCAUAUUUUUCCACGACAUCAUCGUUUGUACAGUAAACCUGGUUGCAGUGACUUAUGGAGAACUUAUUCCCUCUACCACUGCCUAAUAAUAUUGGUGUUCCCUUCUGUUUAAUUAAUAGAACGUUUGAGCUAAUACACUUGCUAGGAUAUAUGAUCUGGUUUUUAUUAAAACAAAACCUUGGAGUGAUUGGAAAUAGGAGGUCUGGAGACAGGGAGUAACAAGCAGUUCCAGCUCGUUAAUUAAAAAGUAGAACUUUCACACAAGCAGUUAUUAAAUUAGUUUCAUAGUUUUAGCGAGCGGUUGAUCCCUCUGCUUAGAAACUAGUUGUUGUGGUGAUGCCACAGAUGAAGAGACGACCAGCAUAUAUAACCUGACAGGACAUUGUGCUCAGACAUUCUGCGGGUAUUAAAUCCCUCCCUAGCUGUGUGAUCUGGAUUACUCUUUCAUCAGGAAAGAUUUAGUCGGAGCUGACCUCCAUGGGCGUUUUAUGUUUCUCACGUCCCAAUUUUGGCGAUUUACUCGAGAGACAUGUAAAUGUGAGAUGUGAAAGGCGCAGAAAUCAGGGGGGUGGAGAGGGGGGGGGGGGGUCUGAUAGUGGGUUCCUCUUCCAGUGUUUUAUGGGAGGUCCAUUUUCUGGCACAGAAGAUUAGUACUGUACAGGUCACUAUAAUCUCUACAUACCAUGUGAAUAAAAUGUCCCCACAAACAGUUCAGCCAGAGCCUCCAGGAUUAUUUGCAGGCGGCCAGAAUCAUCUGCCUGAAACCUGCAGAAACCACUAUCUUUCAGCCAGUGUUUCAAGGGUGUUAUACUUUGCCUUCUUAAAUUACUCCAGAUUAAUAAUUCAACGGAUACCUUUGUAACCGAAGCCUACUAAUUCUGUUUGUGCCUCCAGAGAGUUCAGGUGCGGCUACAUCUGUUUAUUGUGUAUGUGUUUUUUUUUUUUGGAUUGGUGUAAUUGAAGAUUUUAACUGAGACGUUUCUUCACCACCACAACCUCCUCCUCCUCCUCCUCGAGCUCUUUAUCUAAGCAGAAGAUUUUUUUUUUUUUCCAAUGCCGGUUCCAAGCAAGCAUACAAACAUUAGCCGUUCUCAUAGCUGGGAUGCUGCAGGUUUGUAUGACAGCAGCUGGGAAGAAGGCAACUCACCAGGAUAUCAGAGAGCAGUCGGCAGAAAAAAUUCUCUGACCUACAACAGAGAGGAAGCAUUUUACAAGCUGCCAAACAGCAGAUCCCGCGAUAUUAUCUUGCCAGACUGCUCGGAGAUAAAGACGGACCUUUGUUCAUACCCAGACACUUAUAUCCGAGGUCAGCAAGGUCACUCAGUGGUUCAGAAUCGCAGGCCAGUUAGAAACCGCUCAGUUCCAGACUUCUCCGAUCCCUACGAGAGACAGGUGGCAAUGUCUACGCGUGGUUCUGUGCAAACGCAUGACUACUAUAAUGAUCCGUCUAUGUCUUGUAGAUCACUGGAGGAUCCUCGUUAUUACAGAGAGCAUGCACUGAAUCGUGCCGGACAGAGCUAUGGGGCACCUGUAAGCCGAACAGUUUGGGAACAAACUCCAACUCGAUCUUUCCAAACACAGGACGCAGGUCGUCUGUACAGAGACCACACGGGUAGAGUUCUCACGGAGGGUCAGCGUUCUCGAAGUCGUGAUUGCUCUCCAGCAAGAUACACAGUUGAAACACCGAACCCCAGAUAUGGCUCGGAGGCGAAUGCAUUCCCCAGCAGACAAAUUUAUAAUGAGCUGGUGGAAAGAUCCAUUGAUCCUUUAACAGGGAGACAAACCGCUCCUACCUGCUUAGUGGUGGAGUCUAGUGAAGCUGCUGCUAUGGAUGGUACCCUAGGGACAUCUUCUAUUUCAGGAAAUCGUGGGUAUACUUCAGCAAGAGAUAAUGUCAGUGCUAAGAUGGCUUAUGAUACAUAUGAGAACUCUCUGGCUCAGUCACAAGCUCAGAUGCCACAUGUAGAUAUGGAAUUCCUCACUACACUGCGGAAUGAAGGCCUGUCCGAGGGUACUAUCAACGCAUUGAUUCAGCAUGGGUUCGACACGCCCAGUUCAUUGGCUGUCAUGGAAGAGCAUGACCUAAAAUCAGUAGCUGCUAAUCUUGGACAAGCAAGAUUGCUUUCAGGGCUUAUCAAGAGCUAUCGAACAGAUCUACAAAUGUUACGACAAGAUCAGCAGAAAACUAACUCUCUAAGAACUCGAGCUCGCUCCAGUAGCUUCAGUCAUCGUGGGGACAUUAUGCGCAGUGAAUUAGUUGGGCAAACUCUUACUAAUCCCACCAUGGAUGGGUCUACCAAUCCACAGGCUAAUUUAUCACUACAGCCAGUCUCACCCCGCAUGGCUGAACUCAACCGUCGUCCUUCCAGUGCUCCAUCCCAGCACCUCCUGGAGACAGCCAGCUACCCUUCCUGUGGAAUGAAUACCCAAAAUCCCCAUUUCAUUGGUAGUGUUGGAUAUGUACAGCCUCGUCCUGCCUCUGCCUACAUUGCUCAGUCUGGUGUUCCCAUGACUGUUGUGCACAGUAAUUUAAAUCCUGUGCCAAAAACGGCUUACCCCACGAGUUACACUGUGCCCAUGGAGCUCAUGAAGAGAGAGCGCCUACCUCCCACCUCUCCUUUGCACAGCCCUCACUGCAGCCCCCAGCUUCUACGCAAACAAGGAAGUCAUCUGGAUACCACUCUUAAUUUGCCACCACCUGCUAUAUCCAGUCAGCAUGGCCUCAAUUCGCCCUACCAAAAAGUAACCAGAAGAACCGGACCCCCUGUUAUUGUCUCCACCAUGGCAUCACCAGAACAAAGUAAUUAUAACCGAUCUAUUUACAAAAAAGCGGCGUUCUUAUUUCACUAGCUGUAGAUCUUGGUGUCUGUCGUUCCCUCUGUCUAACUAUCUGCGUUUAAUAAUUUUAAAGGUUAAUAAGGCUAUAGGAUAUUUAUCAAUGAAUCAAUUUAUUUAUAUAUGUAUGUUUAGUGCUUUGCCGUGAGUGUAAAAGAGGUUCUUGCCAUAAGUCCCUAAUAUCAUGCACCAACCACACAUUUUAUGAUCCUACUUGAGUUCAGGUGGUGAAGCUGAUUACUCUGGUUUUAUAUUAUAAUAUAGCAUAUUUGUGCUAUUACAGAGACAUCCAGGAUUAAGACAGUAAGCCAAAUAAACAGUUUGUUUUAGGUUUUGUUUACACUAUCAAGAUGAAUAUGGAAACAGAGUUUAAGGUAGUGUGUGUCUCUCCAAGCUACCUCUGAAAAAUGGGCUUUGUAUAAAACAGCAUAAUUAUAAUUCAUUUAUUACAAUAUGAAUUACACAUCUACUAAUGUUUGGGAUGUGAAUAAGUCUCUGCUACGUUUAUAAAUGAACUAAAAUAUUUAGUCUGAGCUAGUCUAUAAAAAAAAAAAGGUUUUAUGUCCUAUGUGUAUAAAUCUCAUGCUACUGGGAAUUGGAUCAUGCUAAGAUUUAAUAUUAAACCCAACAAGAAAAAUGCCACCUGUGUUCAAGAAGGAAGAUCUAAACAAAAUAUUCAACAACACAUCAAUUAACAAAAUAGAAUUUAGCCACAAAUAUUAUUAAAAUCAGAUCCAAGAAUAAAAAGACGUCAGUCAAAACUGUAAUCAUCUGUUAUUGACCGAUGUCCUUGUUCAGGGGGAGAGCUGUACUAAACUGUGAUUAUAUUGGAGAGAAUACACUCCACGGUUCUAUCUACUAAAGUCUGUGAAGGCUUUAUUAAUGCAGUUUGUAAUCUCCAGAGUGAUGUAAAUGAUUAAAUCUAUACUCUACAUGUAAAUAUAGAGAAAACCCUUCCUGCUUCUCUUAUUAUAGUGAAUGUUUUUGCACAUGAUAAAAUACUGGAACGCAGCCCAAAUAACGUGCCAACUCUGCCUAUUUUGUGAUCUGCUCUGGGAUUUGAAAACAAAACAAAACUGUAGUGUGUGAUGACUAGAUACACAAAGUGCAGGAUUUAUACCAAAUAUUUAUGACUGCUAUUUCAGUAUUUUUCAUUUUCAUUUUGCAGGUCAGUAAUUUACUUGUUGUUUUUGUGAAUUUCCUUCUUAAAUGUAGAUUGUCCCCUCAAAACUAUAAUUAAUAUAAUAAUCCUUUCAUCAAGUUUUGACUGGAAGAUCCUGAUCAUAUAGUGUACCUAAACCCCCCAUUAUCUUUGCCUAGAUUGGGUGUUUUUUUUUUUUUUAAAUGUGAGCUUUGAAGUUGCUGUUUAGUGGAUGAGUGAGUGCGCUGGAUCUUGUGUUAUGUACUAAAGGUAGGAAUGAGUUUUUUCUCAUUUUGUUUACGUAUACUUCAUUUAAAAAAAAAAAAAUCUAUUUCCUUUCAAAACUUGAUGAAAGGGUCAUUUUAUUAAAAAAUUUUUUGAGGUGACAGAUGUUGUUUAAGUCAUGUAAUAUUAAUUUGCAUAAUGCCAUAUGAGAUAUUAAUCUGUGUAACUGUAGGCUGCCAUACAAUGACUCCAUAGUCUGAGGCCCUCUUUGCAUGCCCUUAAUCUGCCAUUUGUGGUGCCUAACAUAGUUUGGUCAUCAAGUGUACAAAGAAAGACAAAGUGAGUGUUUAAAUGAACACACAAAAAUAGUGCUGAAAUGAAUAGGUCUAUACAUACUCUAGGAACCAAGAUCUUUUAUACUGUUUCCUUGACACCUACAUUAAUGGGCAGAAUGAGAAAAGUCCUGCAGUCUGUAGAAUUCAAACGCUGCUCAUUAUUCAGUGAUGAAUCCUGCAGCAUGUGAAUUAUACAUACUGCAAGGCAGCCGUUUUCCUGUGCUACCGAUCAUCAUAAAGAAGUGAUAUUUCUCCAGAUACACACAUUGAGUUUUACAUGCUAUUUAUCAUUUAAGCAGCACCCUAUUAAUGUGUGUCUGUGCAUGUUUACAACCAUAAAAAAUAUAUUAAUCUGUAAAGCUUACUGUAGAACAUAGUUUUAUUCCCUUAACUCAGUGUCCACAGCUGUCAAACUAAAUGAUGUAAAAAAAACAAAAAAAAACCCACAUCUACUUGGCCUUUAAAAUCAUGUCAAAGGCUAAAACCAGUGAGUUUUAGCAGUCAUUCUGCUAGAAAUCCACACUGUCUGAAAGGCAGGCUGAGGAUCAUAGGAAAUGUAAUCCACAAAAAUUUAGUACAUUAGUUAGCCAACAUGGCCUAAUCCUUAGAUCGUUAAGGGAUUAACUUCCCUUCCUUGUCUGUACACUUAGCUUUAUACUGGGUGGAAUUACAGUCUAGAGGUAAUGUAUUGAUACUAGCGGUGUAAUAUCACAGGCAACUCAAACUGUUAAAAAUUGACCACUUGAAUGUAAAAGAGGUUCUGCAGCAGCUGUGAUCUUCCAGCUUCGUUCGCCAUGUGUAGGUUCGUUAUUGGCCAUUAAUGCAUUGGUAUCAGAUAUUCGAUUUUCCUUUUUUUAAAUCACAGCCUUGUUAAACCUUUCCUGCACCAGCUCCUGUACAAUUUGUUGAGGUUUAGAUGUUUUGACAAAUAAGGCUUCAGAUCCCUCUCAUAGCGGUCUGUCACACUGAGCUGUCCAGGUAAUGCUGUACUGCUAUUUGUUUUUCUGAAUCAUCCUUGGUAACUUUAGCCCCAUUUCUCAUUGCAUGUUGCCAAGCAACCAGUAGGUGUGGCCAGAAUCCCAGGAUGAGAAUCUCCACGGUUACCUGCCAAUUUAUCUGACAUUGCCUCCAGGCCCUGGAGGAGGAGGAAGGCUGAAACUGUCAGAGGAACUCCUCUUCUUUAGACAUGUUUACAGGCCAUGCAAUAUAUACCCACAUAAGUCUUAAUUAACCUAUUUAGUACAAGGGUAUCCGCGGAGCAUCUCAGACUGCCAGUGUAAUGCAAUGCAAUAUCUAACCGCACAAUUAUAAUUAACCUUUUCACUACACGGGUAUUUGGGUAGCAUCUCUAAAAGUGUAACAUGUUGCUAGGUGAGACAUUGUAUGAAUUACAGCAGGUGGAGCUAAUAUGAGCCUCUCCAAUUGUUGGGUUUAAAAUUCUUGCAUUUUUCUGAGAAUGACCGAUAUUGUCCAACAACUAUGUCAGCUAUUUGUGGGAGGCUACACAAUGCUGUGAUUAACUGUGUGAGCGUCAGAAACAAUGAGUUGUAAAGUGUAGAAAUACUUUCAAAGUUUGCAAAGAAUGUAUUUAACGCAAUUGUGCUAAAUCAUUGUGUUAACCUUUGAGGAAAUUUACCCAUUGCAUUUGUAAUAAUGUUAAAACAUAAUGAAUUAAAAUACAGUAUGUGACAAUCUAGUGAAAUAUUACAAUUACAUCUUAAGCUGAUGCAUCUGCAGUCAUUUUUCAGACUGCCCAAACCAGGAAGUUAUCACCCAGUCAGGAUGCUGUAAUGCUUUUAAAUGCGAUUUCAGCUACCUUGAUACAUUUUAUAUAAGUAAUACCAUUAGGAAAGCCCAGCUAUAGAAUGUAAUGCUUUAAUCGUGUCCUAUUUUCACACAUUUUUAUAUCUGAACUUCAGAUUCUGAACACUAAUUGAAGUGUGUUUCCAGCUGAUACAAGGAGAGAUCGGUUAUAGUUGUAAUACCUGUCGCUGCUGUAGAAGCAGAAAAUUUGUCCUGGUUUGUCCUCCACUCUAAACUGCUGUCCUAAUAGUUUAGAAUCACAGCAAGAUCUGUCUCUUUAGAGCAGUAGCAGCCCAAUUUGAUUCUAAGAGGAAGGCAUUGUAUUCAGCACAGAUCCGAAGCUUUGUCAUUGCUCUUACCUGUGUGAUAAUGACAUAUAAUUAGGGUGGCUGGUUUUUAACAAAAUAUGUGCAGUGAGGUUUUGUCAUUGGCAAAGAAUGUUUCAAAUCGCAUCUAUUAGGGCCAUUCAUUAAAAGGAUUCAUUGUCGAGAAUUCAAAUUGGAUUUCAGACUUGAGGCCAAAAUAGCCAAACUGGUAAAAUCUUUAAAAUUCGAGGCCAAAUAGCUGGAUCAAAAUUCUCUUUCCCUGACAAUGAACACUUGCUGUGAUGCCCAUUGGUGCUCCUGUGGUCCUACAUAUUCUAUAUCAGAUAGAGGAGUUUGGGAAAUGCAGCUGGCUUAACAUAUAACAUUUUUAAAAAACUAAAUGUGAAAUGAGAGGUAUGCUUUAUCUAUCAAGACAUGUCAAUCAGUGGUGUGCAAGGGUACAUUACUUGUGGCAUUAUGGUUCCCACUGAGUUGAACAUUAUCUCGGGAGUUUUAUUUAUUGAUGUUAUAUUAUAAGCAGGCUCACAGGCAAUGUACAGUUCAGUUAAAUAAGUUAUACAACCUAAUAAUAUAUAGAAGAACAAGGCAGCUGUACAAGAAAUGCUAUAAGUUGAGAAAUAUUAUGGUUGAAAAACAACUGGCGUGUUUGUUUUCUUGAGAACAUUUUGUGAAUCCAGUUGAAAAUUUUUUAACUUUAAAGGGACACUAUAGGGUCCCAGACCACUUCAGCUCAUUGGCGCUGGGCGUGAUGGAGGGGGCAGUAUUGCUAGGAAAACAACUUUAUUUUCCUAGCACUAUAGUUUCCCUUUAACAAAAAAGGUUUAAUUUUUAUCACCCGAUUCACAAAAUGUUCUAGUGCGAGUAUGUUUCUGUCUGAAUUCACUAAAGUGAAUUACAAAUGUAAGGUCAAACUAACUGAACUGGAAAAAUUCUCUGUUGGCUAUGCUUUCAGUUCGGCUACUUAAAGGGAACAGUCAGGCACCAUAACAACUUAAGCGGAAUAAAGUUGUUAUGGUGCCAGGAGCAUCCUGGAGCUGGCUUACCUUUAGGGGUUAAUUCGUUCAUGAACGAAACGGCUUGAGAAACAUCUGUGUUUUUCUCAAGGCGCUUUUCAUGAAUAUGAAUCUGUCCGAGGCUUCUGUUUGAAGAAUCUCAGAGAAGUUGAAAAAAACGUUUGUGAAUAUUUUAACCCUUGAAGGUAAGCCGGUGCCAGGUCAGAUUGGUACCAUAACAACUUAAUUUUGAUUAAGUUGUUAUGGUACCUGGAGUGCUCCUUUUGAGGAACCACUCCAUUGAAUUUAACAAUUUAGUAGAUAUACCCCCAAUAAUAAAAUACUGUACAUGUUUUCUGUGUGGGUAUAUAAAAAACAGUUUGCAAGAGCUGCAGACUGCCAGCCCUCCCUACUUUCAGUGUGUGCAGGAAAUACUUCAAUCACACGCAUCUAAAUCAGCGUCCUCUGUGCUGGAGCUGUGAGGGCAAAAAGGCACACAAUUGUGUCUUUCCUGUGUAUCUCGAUCAGCUGUAUUACAGCUAAUUGAGAAUGGGGUAAGGGUUUAACAGCCCAGUCUGGUUCGCCUCUUCUGUUAGCUGUGUGGGGCUUAAAUACAAAAAGGGAGGUUUUCUUUGUGAAACACCUCCCCAGCUGUCAGAACACAAAGUUUUAUACUUUUAUAAACUGUCACAAAUAUGACCGACCCAAACUCAUAAAGGACUACAGCAAGUUUGUGUCUGGAGUGUUCCUUUUGAAAUUGUUUUUGAAUUUACUUUGAAUUCCCUCUUCAGUAAAAAGUGGGUUAACAACAGAGCUGAACAUUUUGAGCAAAAUAAGCAAGUUAUUAUAGUUUAUACAUAUAUUUCUUUUCAGGAAGUGUUUGGGAAGGCUGUGCAAGUUGCAUGCAGGGGGUGUGUCUAGAGCUGAGUAAACGGUGAUUCAAUUCAUAAAUGGCAGAUGAUUAAAAAGUGAGGCUGCAAGGGCUUGAUUUAUAAACCAAAACUGCUUCAUUAUAGGUUCACUAUAGGUUCAGGAAAACAAACUUUGUUUUCCUGACACUAUCAUCCUUAGGACCCCCCCACCCUCAGGGCCCCCCUCCCUUGGAGCUGAAGGGGUUAAAACCCCUAAAGCCACUUACCUUUAUCCAGCGCUGGGCUCCCUCUACUCCCCCGCCGACAUCAGCCCCCGAGUGGAGCGGAAUGCACAUGCGUGGCAAGAGCCGCACGCGCAUUCAAACAGUCCAUAGGAAAGCAUUUCUCAAUGCUUUCCUAUGGACGUUUUGCAGGCUGGAUGCGAUUUUUCACAAUCCGCGUUGCUGAAGCGCCUCUAACGGCUGUCAGGAAGUUCUCUGAAACUGCUUUGUUUACAUCUGAAGGGUAAAAACCUGGGGGACCUGGCACCCAGACCACUUCAUUGAGCUGAAGUGGUCUGGGUGACUAUAGUGUCCCUUUAAACUAAAGUUGUUUUGGUGACUAUAGUGUCCCUUUAGUUAUGUUCCUCUUACAUUUACUCAUAUGCUGGGCAAAUUGCUAGAGAGAACCACCCUGGGAUCCAUAGCAUCUUGUUCAUUUCUGUCUGUGGAUUGUCCACCUGUUUGGGGUCCCCACAAAUAUUUUAUAUAUAUAUAUUUUAAUAGGUAAUCAAUCACAGGUCUUCUCUGGUAAUAUGUGACCAGGGUAUAAUAGCUGCUGGUUCUUUUUUUAAUAUUUGUCUGUUACAUUGUAACCAAACUGACAGCUGCAAGACACUGAGUGAAGGGUAAGGUGUUUGGGUGGAGAGAUGAGGGAACAACCACCAUUGUAUAUUGGAGCAAUAGUUAAAGGGAUAUGAUAGGCAUUAAAACAACUUUAGUUUAAUAAAGCAGUUUUGGUGUAUAGCUCAUGCCUCUGCAGUCUCACUGAUUAAUACUCUGCCAUUUAGAAGUUAAAUCACUUUGUUUAUACAGCCCUAGUCACACCUCCAUGCAUGUGACUUGCACCGCCUUCCGAAACACUUACUGAAAAUGAACCUAGAUAUUCUAGCUUCCUAUUUUGUGUCUAGAAUUUCUAAUCUCCAGCUCUGUUAAUAGCUUGUUUAGGAAGGUUGUGUAAGUCGCAUACAGGGAGGCAUGACUAGGGCCCCAUAAACAAAUUGAUUUAACUCUUAAAUGGCAGAAAAUUGGGCAGUGAGACCGCAGAGGCAUGAUCUAUACACAAGAACCUGCUUCAUUAAGCUAAAGUUGUUUUGGUGCUUAUAGGGUCCCUUUAAGAUAUGUUAGUACUAUACAGUGUAUGUUGUUACAUUGGAAAAGUCCAUAUUCUGUAUUCUGACAGAUUUCUGAUCCCAGGGCAAAGGUAUAUAGUGCCGUACAAUGUACUGUAAAGUAACUGUGCUGCAAAAACCACAACCUCUAUGUUGAUUUAUAAUGUGGAUUUCAUGUUUGUUUUGUAUAGCUGUUAUAGCUGGUAUGUCUUUAAUCCAGACAUACUGUUCAGCCGCUAAUAUAUAUUUGUAUAUUGUUUCCUCAGGUAUGCGGCCACAGACUGUGAAUGGUCCCAUGCACCCACGUCCGCUGGUUGCUCUGCUGGAUGGAAGGGACUGCACAGUGGAGAUGCCAAUCCUGAAAGACCUAGCUACAGUGGCAUUCUGCGAUGCCCAGUCCACACAGGAGAUCCACGAAAAGGUUAACUGAAUGUGUAGCGCAUGCAGCAGUUCUAUUGAAAUACUGCCCUGUUUGUUCAAUUUCAGUUGGUAUACUAUGCUAUAAACACCGAAUAAACCAGCAAACGUUUUGGCAAAAUAGCAGUUUUAAAAAAACUGCUAAAUGACUAAAAAAAUAAAUUGUCUGUGUGUGUGUGCAUAUAUAUAUAUAGUUAAUACAUUGCUAAACACAAAUACACACACCAGUCAAGCCAUAAGACCUGCUUUUCCCACAUAAAUCUCACUUUAACCCCUUAAGGACACAGCUUCAAAAGCUUGUCUUACCCUUAAGGACAAAAGACAUUUUUGCAUUUUUUUGCUGUUUGUGUUCAAACGCAAUUUGCAUCUCUGUCAUUUAUUGCACCAACACAUAUUAUAUACCGUUUUUCAGAGGGCAAACAGGGCUUUAAUUUUAUGUCACAUAUACAUAGAUAGAUUCUCAUUAAUUAUAUUAAAAAAAAAAAAGCCACAAAAAGGGGGAAAAAAACAAAAAACAUUUUUUUUCACAGUUUUGGCAAUAAUAGCGUGUGCAUAAUAUGUCCAGCUUAGAAAAAGUAAUUCAAAACAAAUUCAUUUAUGUGUCUUGAUUUAUAGAAUACACAAUAUGUAUAGGAUUUCAGCUUAUUUUGAAAGCUACAGGUCACUAAAUACAAGGACUAAAAUAAAAUUUUAAUGUGAAACAAUUUUAGAAGUUGGUAUGUUUGUCUUGUAGGUUUAGUAGCCACCACAGAAAACAAAAUUGCCACACAAAAGUAUAUAUUUAUAUAAAGUAGACAUCACAGGCUAUUUACCUAAGGUUAGUUUAACACUUUUUACGUAACAUUUCAUCGCCAAUCUCUGCUAAAUAUUGGAGUAAAAUUGUGUUUUUUCUUUAUUUUUGGCAUAUACACAUAUAACAAAUUGAACCUUAGCGUGAGAUAAUUCUUCUGCAAGCUUGUACCAAGUGUAGUGGUAAUAAGCAUUUUUUCUGCCUUUUUGACACACAAAGUGAGUUUGCGCAGUAUAUUUUGCAAAUCUUAUGUGUGCUACGACUGUAUAAUACUUCAUAUGUUGCUCAGCUAUGUCGGCUGAGUACAGCAAUACCCCCGUAUGUACCUUUGCCAGGUAUAUGUGGAUGUUGAAGGGGCACAUUUGAGACGCAGCCAUUCAGUUUUUCUAACUAUGAAGUUUUACGCUGUGUCCAUGUUCCAUUUUAGAGUAGAUUAGCUGGCUGGUUAUUCAAACUUCCCCACAAACACGUACUAUUUAUUAAAGAAUACACCACGGGGUAAUUCAAAAGGCAUAUUGUGAACCGUAGCGUGGGAUCAUUUUUUCGCUAGUGUGUUCCAAAUGUAGUGGUAAUGAGCAUUUUUUAAUGUAGAUUUUUACUUUGUAAAACUAGUUUUUAAACUUUUUUUUCCUUAUUAAAUGUUUUAAACUUUCUUAACUUUUUUUACACUUUUAAAAUUUUUAGAAACUUUUCUUUUACCGUUAACCCCUAACUAGCAGUACGCAGCACUAACAGUAAAUUCCCCACUUUCCCAUAACUCCCACCCGCCCCAGCUAGGAAAAUAUAUAAUUAUAAAAUAUUUAAAUUAAUUAAUUAAAUAAAUUGAACCCCUGAGGGUUAAAAAAAUAAAUAAAAGUUAAACCUCAGGCAUUAAAAAAAACUUGUGAUACUGUGAUCUGUAUUUUGAUCACUGUAGGCAGUGAUCAACUGGCACGGAAGGGGUUAAUUUUUAUUUGGACUGGGUAAAGGGGGUGUGGUUUUUUUGUUUUUUUUUUACUUAAACGUUACUAAAACAUUUUUUAAAAGCUUUUUUUAACUUUUUAAAGCUUAUUUAAAAACUUUUUUAAUGUUAACCCCUAGUUAGCCUAACACCAAAUCCCCCAAUUCCCCACUAACAUCCACCCAUCCCAGCUAGCUAAAUAUAUAAUUUUUUUAAUAUUUAAAUUAAUUAAUAAAAUUAAUUUAACCCCUGAGGGUUAAAAUAAAAAUUAACCCUCUGGGGUUUAAAAAAUAAAAUAAAAAAAUCAGAUGACAGUAAAAUGUAAUCCCUGACAAUUGAUCGCUGUAGCCAGUGAUCAUUUGGCAGGGAAGGGGUUAAUUUUAUUAAAGCAGGGGAAAGCGGGGGGGUGGGAUUUAACUUUUUUUUUUUUUUUACAGGGAGUAGAGGAUCAGCACUGAUCCGUCUCCCUGCACUUCACAGUGAACCCGGAAGCGCAGGGAGGUGGAUCGUGAGUCCCUGCAGCACAUGUGCUCGCUCUGACAGCCUGUCAGAUCGAUCACUGCUGCAGAGGCAGCGCGGUCCGGUGCUCCCAGUCUGCCUCCGAUACCGAGGCAGACCGGGUGAGCGUUAACCCCGCGAUGACGGCGAUCUGGGGUUAACCUUAGUAAAUGACAGAAAUUUGCCAUCAACUGUCCUUAACUGAAGGACAAGGUUGACGGAAAAUUUCCAUCUCCGGUCGGGAAGGGGUUAACAGUGCUCUCACUACUGCAAGGGAUUCUGGGUAGGCGUAUGCAAAUGAGCUCAGCAAAGAACCACAUUUUUGCCUCAAUUCCACUUUAUACAUGGAUUCCUGGGAGUAUGUGUCUGCUGUAUACAACAGCUUUGAAACACAACUCAGGAAGAGGAGCAGAGCCAGUGAACCACUCAUGGACUGCUGUUUCAUUGUUAAUGCAACUCAUCAGCAUGAGUAAAAAAAGGUGGAGGGGGAGGCGGCGCUACAGGUAAAAAAAAAAAACCUGAUUAUGAACAAUACAAGCACAUAUACAAGACACUACAUAACAGAAAAUACAUACAAGAUAAAAAAUAAAAAAUAAAAGAGUUUGAAAUAUAGAUACUUUUGGGACUGCUGAUUAUCAUUCAUUAAGUCCAAAAGAGUCUAUGCCUGAUAAAUACAGCAACAAGUCCAAAUAAAACCUUGUAUAAGAAGUCAAUCACAAUCUUGUCAGGGGAAGUAUUCCUCAGCAUGGGAUAUUCGUGAGAUCCGUGUGAUAUUUGUGAGAUCCGUAUGAAAAAAUAAAAAGACAGCAAAUAAUGGUGCAGUAUAACCCAACAGGUAUUAAGUACCAUUUUGUAAGAGGUCUAUAUUAUCCUACUCACGUUUUCCAGAGCUAUAAGACAAGCUCUAGUGUGGAUGGCAUACAGUGGUACAAUCCCCACUUAUGGAUACGUGAAGUUUUGUAGUAGAUGGAUAUCUUGUUGGUAUAAUGACCAUAUGAAAUAUAAAAGAAACAAUAAUAGUGCUUAUUGUAUAAAAGCCAGAGGUGAAAUAAUACAAUUCUAAGUGGUUACUCACAUUUUAUUGAGCAGGCAGACUGCCCAAUUGAUAAAGCUUGAGUGGUAUAAUCCCCACCAAGGAUCCUUUGGAGUAAAAUUCUCACUGGAACAAUAAAAUCUCUGGUGCCAAGUAAAAAUAAAGGUAUAGAUAAAUAAAAGAGUAAAAUGGCUGACUCACAAGUUGAAAGUGGCCAAAAUACCUUUAAUAAAAUACAGCAAUUAAAAUACCACAACGCGUUUCUCCCCUUAGGGCUUUCUCAAGUGGAUAAAAACAUUUACCUGACAACACUGGCUUUUUAUAGGCCUCAGAUUACUUGAUUUUGGCGCCAAAAUGACAUCCUGGUCAUGUGACCACUUAUAUUUUUUUAAAUUAAUUUUUUGGUAUAACUUUAUUAUAGAAUAUGUUUCAGCCAUAUUAGGGAGGGCAAUGAAACAUAUGUCAACCCUAUUAGGGAGGGCAAUGAGAGAAAGUGGAAGGAGGGAAUAAUUGAAUAAAACAUAUAUGUGACAAGUGCAAAUAUGGGUUACUCAGACCAGGGUUUUUUUAAGCAUACAUUUUAAAAUAUGAUAGUAGAAAAUUAUAAUAAAUAUAGAUAUAAAAAGGUCACAGUAAAUUGCAAAUAUCAGAAAAAAAUAUAUAAAGAUUUAAAAGAGCAUAUGUACAUAUAGGAUAAGAAUAAAAUAAAAUAACAUUAGUAUACUUGUAUCACAUUAUAAACAAAACAUAAUAUGCAAAUUUAUAAAAAGAUCAAAAUCAACGUUUUAACCUUCAGGGGCAAGCAUUUUUAACAGGAACACCCAAUACAUUUCUUUCUGACCCCAAAGUUUUUUUUUUUUUUUUUUUUUUAAAAACACCUCCCCUCCAUGGUAUUUUACAUUUUGGAAUUCCAAUACAUUUAGGAUGUUUGGGUUUUUUAUCAUGUUUGCUCUGCCAUCUAAUUUUUAGGCAUCUAGUGGUCAUUCCUACAUACUGGAGGCCACAAGGGCACUUCAGUAAGCAUAUGACAUUUUAUGUGUUUAUAUGUUACAACAGAUUAGGUCUUUUAUGGGAUAUGAUGUGUGAGUAUUAUUAGAAGUAAAGUGCGUGGUUUUUGACUUGAUUUGUGGAUCCGUGGUUCUGCAAACUAUGCAUCUGUUACAUUUAAAAAAAACAAAAAACUUUAGAUUUAGUUAAAAAAAUAUGAAUUAGUGGUAGAGGGAUCUUUUGUAUAAUUUUUGGUAAGAAUAGUUCUAAAAUUAGGAGCUCCUCUAAAAAUCACACUGAGUUUGUCUGGGAUGAGCGUUUUAAGUAUUUCAUCCUGUUUUAAGAUGUGCCAGUGUUUCUUGAUGAUUUUUUUCACUAUGUGGCUUUUGCUGUUAAAGUUAAAAAAGAUAGUGGAUCUUUUUUUAUUCUUUGUUUUAUAUUCUAAAAGAUUCUUCCUGUCUUUUUGUUUUACAGUAUUUAGUAUUUUAUUUGGGUUUUCUGGUGAAUAAUUUUUGCUGGUGAAUUGUUCUUUGAGGGUUUUAGACUGUUCUUCAAAAUCUUUAUUGCGGGAGCAGUUCCUGCAAAGGCGCAGGAACGGACUCUUGGGGACCCCAACUAGCCAAGGCUGGUAAUGGCAACUAGAUUUGCAUACGCCUACCCAGAAUCCUUAGCAGUAGUGAGAGCACUGUUGAAGUAAGAUUUCUGUGGGAAAAGCAAGUCCUAUGGCUUGACUGAUGUGUGUAUUUUUGUUUAGCAAUUUAUUAUACAUGUAUAUAUGUAUUCUCCAAUAACUUGCCAGAUCAAUUAGUAGACUUGUGUAUUUGGUUUUGGAUGACUCACGAUUUGUCCUAAAUCCCAAACUUUAAAGUUCCAUCACAAAACAAACAAAACGGCCAAUACAUGAAAUUUUGCCUUAGUUUCAUGAUUUGCAGAGUUAAAAAAUAUCAGCUAUUUGUCUGUUGGUAGCACUAGCAGGCUAAAUGUUAUUAAAAAAAAAACUCUCGGUUGCAGGUUAAUCGUGUAACAGCCGUCACAUUAAAAUGUAUAAAUAUAAAAUAAAGCUCUCUACCACCCCCAUAUUAGCAUACGAAGGUAUAAAUUGUCUUUUAUGCCCCUACUUGCCAUGCAGCAGGAGGGUACAUGUCUACUAAACGGUGAGCUAGUGGUCACUUCAAUAAAAAAUUAACAACUGGACAGCUAUUACUACCCAGUUGCUAAGAGAGGCGGGAUGGGGUCAAUAAGCACCUAGCCACACCUACCCCCAUGUCACCCUAAUAAUAGUGAGGGGUGGGCCAAUAAAAGCUUUCCUAUGUUGUGAAAGUCAGUGGAUCAAUCUAAUUGGUUGCCAAUUAAUUACAGUUAGUUUGAGUAACAGGGCAGAGAUAAAAAUGUCUAAAAUAAACACACUGUGCUGUCACAUCAACAAUUAUGAAAAAAACAAAAGAAAUAAUAGUGCUGUACACUAUGUACCGGUUGUAUGUAGACGAUUUUCAUUGUCCCAGUAUUUUGAUUAUGUGUACUGGUAUUCAGUUCGUAUAGGGGCUAUUGCUGCCCCUAUACAAACUGAAUGGCCGUGAAGGCUGUUGGAUUGCACUCUAUUUUUGUAAAUAGAGUUCUAACGUAUACCAUAAAUUUUGAUGGUCGGAUGCAAGUGGUCGAGCAACUGAACUGGGCACCAUUUGUUACCUGUGGGGAAUAGUUGUAUGUCGACAGGCGGUCCAAUUUGAUUUGUUUUGGAUUGGUGUAGUGUCAGUACAUAGUGGUCCCCUACUUUGUUUAGGUCUGCUAUUUUGAGCAUGUUGGUAGUAUCUUUAGUUUUUUCUACUGUAAAUUUAUUAGGCAGUAAAAACCCAUAGAAGGCCAAAAAUAUAGCGGUUUUGAUGGUAUUGUUUAUUUCUGUUUCGAACGGCUGCGUGUACAACACAUUGGAUAAUGCUCUGAACUUUUUAUUGUCCAUUGGUUGUCGUUUCAUGGGUUUGUGACCUUCUAACCAUAGGAUGUCUUUUAAGAUGUUCUUUAUUCGGUUUGACGACAUAAAGGUACUGUGACUGGGGUAUGUGUUUAUGAAGUGGUAGUGUAUGCCUGUUAGAUAUAGUUUUAUUGUAUUAUGUGUGUGUUUUAGAUUUAGGUGGCAAAAAGAGGUAAAUGCCACCAUAGUAUCUAAUGUCAAUGGGUUUUUGAUUUGGUAUUCGGUGAUGAAUCUGUUGGAUAUGAUGAGAGCUCGGCCGUAUGAACGUCUGGUGUUAGCUGAAAGUGCUGUUUGUGCCAGCAUUCUCCCGUGCGGCAUUAGUAUUGCUACUCCAGGAUGAGUUCUGGUCUGUUUGGGAUUCACUUGGCUGUGGGAUGCUCUUGGAAGAAAACCUGUAGGUUGGAACUAGAGGGCAUCAGCUGCUGUGUUAUGAUUGCCUGGUAUGUGUUGUGUUGCUGCCAACUACGUGAGUCUCCUGACGAGACCCAUGAUUGUCAGGGAAGAGGACCUGCCUUUGUUAAUUAUUUCAUAUGCCGCCGUGUUUUCUGUGUAGCAUUGUAUGGUCUUUCCCUUCCACUGGUGGCCCCACACUGCUGCCACUAUCAGGUAGAGUUCAAACAGUGCAGAGGUUCUGUUGAAUGAUGGCAGAGUUACGAUCUCUAUUGGCCAUAUGUCUCUGAACCAUUCAUCACCGAAAAUGGCUGCAAACCCUAAAUGGGCUGCUGCGUUUGUCCACAACACCGGGGAGUUUUCUGUUAAAAGUGGGAUAAACAUGUUUACCCCAUUCCAGUGCACCAAUAAUUGGCUCGACAUGGUCAACUCUGCCCUAGCCUGUCCGUCCAGUGUGAUUAUACUGUCGUCGUGUGGUCGGUUUGGUAAUAGACUAAGUAGUCUUGAAAUAAACGCGCAAACCUUGUGGGAUUAUCUUCAUGGCAAAGUAAUGAGAACUCAGGAGAGAUUGAAUUGUUCAUCAGAGGGACCACUUCUCGGAAAGACCUGCAACCUCUGCCUUGAUUCUCUGAACUUUGUCACUGGGGUGACUAGCUUGCAUCGGUACUGAGUCUAGGCAUAUCCCUAGAAACAGGCCCGGACUGGCCAUCGGGCACACCGGGCAAAUGCCCGGUGGGCCGCGAUGGCUGUGGGGCCGAGGCCGGCAGGGAGAUCACAGGAUCUCCCCGGCCGGCCCCUGCAGGGCCAGCACUACCCGAGCGCCGGCCCCGCUGUGUGCCUCCGUGGGCCGGUGAGGAGAUCCCCUCACCAGCCCAGAGGCACUGUUACAGGCGGCCGCUGGGUGGGGAGGGAGGGAGGCAGGCAGGAGAGAGGACCCGGCAGAGCUCUAACCAGCAGCUCCGCCGGGUCCUCUCGCGGGAUUCUGAGCGUUGCCGCGGUUACCGCGGCAACGCUCAGCUCUCGCGAGAGUGAACUCUAACCUACAGGUUAGAGUUCACUCUCACCACUGGACCACCAGGGAAGGCAGCAUGGUCCCUCCUCAAGGCAGAAUGGCUACCCCCCCUCCCUCCUAGGCUAAAGGUAAGAAGGGAGGGGGAGGGGGGGACAUAACUUUUAUUUUUUAAUAACUUUUUUUUUUAAUUAUUAAUAAAAAAAUUCCCUAACAGCCCCCUCACACACAGAGCACCCAAACACACCAGCACCCCCAGACACACAGCACCCAAACACACACAGCGCACCCAAACACACACAGCGCACCCAAACACACACAGCACCCCCAGACACACACCAGCACCCCCAGACACAUAUUUAUACAUAUAUACAUAUAUAUAUAUAUACAUAUAUAUAUACACACAUAUAUAUAUACACACACAUAUAUAUACACACACAUAUAUAUAUAUAUACACACAUAUAUAUAUAUAUAUAUACACACAUAUAUGCAUACAUACAUAUAUACAUACAUAUAUACAUACACACACAUACAUAUAUACACACACAUAUAUAUUAUAUAUAAAAUAACCCUCAGUGAGUUAACAGACAAAGAAAAUUAGAAACCUAGAAUGUGACGGCAGAUAAAAACACUCACUCACAGCACCCCUCUUACACAAACACACUGCACACCUCACACAUACAAUACGUCCACACACACACUACAGCACCCCUCACACUGCACCACUACACACAUUACGCUCCAGAUACACGCUAGAUCCCUUACCCAUGCACUCUUAAUCUUCUACACACACACACACUCUUCUAUACACACUCUGGGUCCUUUACACACUAGAUCUCUUACACACACACACACACUGCACCACCUACACACACACACUACAUUCCUUGUAAGCAAACACAUACAACAUUUUCUAAACACACCCUCUCUACAACCCCUACACACACACUACUGCCCGUAUGCACAAACUCGCUACAUCCCCUAUAACACUAUGCCCCUAUAUACGCAAUCUCUACAGCCCCUAGCCACACAUAAUACAUCACAAAAUUGACCUAUUUACACAAUACCACACCACACUCUACACAGGCAAUCCCACAAGCUUUCCUGGCCCUUUUGUCCUCUGGUAUCCCACUUGUGGAGACACCAAAGACAAUUUAAAAGCAAACACAGCGCAAGAAUGUUAUUACAUUUGCUUGCGCUGCACAGAACAAAUUCAGGGCCUUUUUCUAAUGCUAGAGCUCUUUAGCGGGGCUCUGUGCAUUGAACCAACAUGCUCACUUUCAGAAGGGGCGUACUUGUCAUUAGUGAUGACAAAAAACACCCUCUCUGGCCCCGCCCCCUUCUUGGGGGGCCGCUCUAAUUGAAAAAUGCCCGGGCCUAAUUUUUUUCCCAGUCCGGCCCUGCCUAGAAACGUCAGUUUGGUGGUGGGGUCUACAGUUUUCUCAGCCGCUACCGGCACUUCUGACAUGGAAAAUAGCGCCACUGUCUUGGCUAUACUCUGAGGCAUGGUAUUGGGGCCUUCUACUGUCAGAAAGUCGUCCAAGUACUGUACUACGACUGGACAAUGGCUGACGUUUAGCAGGAGCCACAACAGUGGCUGCAAAAAGAUUGAAUAGUUUGGGGCUACUCUUGGCCCCGAAAGUUAACCGUCUGGCAAAAUAAGAAAAAGACCAUUCCAUUUUAUUCCAUUAAAUGCCACAGUGACGGAUGUAUUGGAAGCAGCUUGAAGGCAUUGGAAAUGUUGGUUUUGCCAAGCUACUAUCCCCAGCCUUCAAGAUUGCCUGUACGGCACUGUCUACCGUGGCUUAUAUUCCUCUAUCUUUGCUGCUGAGGGAAUAAAGAAAGAGUUAUGCAUAAUACUCGCCUCCGUGUCUUUAAUAGAAUUAUGACUUUACUUGAUGAUAAUAGUAAAAUCUGGGAAUUGUAGGUUGUUACACUCGAGUGUGCCUUUUGGUAGAGUGAUUAACCCUGUGUGGAACCCCUCCGUGAAACCCGUGAGUAGGAAUUCUAGAAAAUCCUGAAGGGUGAGAGCUAAGGUAAAAAGCCAACGUGUCGACCUGUACUUUGGUCAGUCAUUUCCUGGGGAAGAGGCGGUUUGGGCACAUGGACUUAGUGUGGGCUCGGUAACAGCUGGAGCAGACAUGAAACAACCUGCUGAAACUGCAGCCUGCUGCGUUGAAGUUGUUGCAUAGCUGUGCCUUGCCCCAAAACACAAUUUAACCCUUUCUGUUCGACUCUACUUGUCCUAGGGUUGGUGUAGUUAGUGGUAGGUAAACUGAGACUUUGAAGAGCAAAUUGCACAAGCCGGUGGUUCUAGCCCGGCAAAGUGACGACAGAACAAUUCAGUGUACGUGUGACUCCAAUCUAUCCUAAUGUUGAACUGCGCAAAGGUUGCUGCUGCCUUGGCUGAAAAUGAUUUGUUAUCAUCGUAAAAAUUGGUACCACCGUACUUGUUCCCCAGAUCUACUGACUUGUGCAUGUACAAGUCCAGUUCCUCUCUACGUUGGGGAAAAUUGAAGCAUAUUACGUCUCUAUAUAACCCGAAGGCUAGUACAAAGUCUGGUAUGGACAACUUUUUACCUAACCUAGGAUUUUUGGCUUUGAGCACCACUGACGGGUCACUGUAGUUGUACAUCUUGUUUUCUACUACGUCUUGUGAUACAAUCAGUAUUGAUAUGAGGUUUACGUCCUUUCCCUCCAAUAUGUCUUUCUUGAUGUUGGGAGAGACCAUAUGUGGUGUGAUGAUAUGUGUAGCGGAACCCUGUGAAUUCUGUGUACCUGUGACAUUACCCUGCAAGACAGUUUGGUCUAUGAUUUGUGUAGGAGGAAUAUCUGGGGGACACACGGUAGCUGGUGCUGGAGAUUCCAACUUUUCCAUUCUUUGAAUUUAUUGAUGGAUGCCAGCAUGGCUACCAUUGUGGUCUGAAUCCCUGUAAGGCGGUCAUUAAUAUUAUUUUGAGUACUGGUCAUAAUAAUUUUGUAUAACUCUGCCUUCCUGGCAGUGGCAGUAUAAUGUACCCCUACACCUCAGAUCUGCAUCGAUCUUUGGGAUAGUCCAUGGUCUUAAAGAACAGGGGCUUGAUUUUUGCCUGAUGUAGGGGUUGUAGUUGGAGUGGGUGGUCUAGCUGGCUUGCUGGGUAGGGAGAAGUCUUCUCCUUGGUCUGACACGUGAGACAUGCUAUAAUUAAAUUUAAACGUGAGACUUAUCCCGAAAUGGUUUUUUGUGACUUGCGUUAACUGGCGUCUCUUUAAAUGCUAGGUGGCAAAGAACUUAACUACUUUUAAGAUGGUGAGGUCCUGCUAAUUGCCAAGUGGCUGAUAGAGGUGCUGUCUAUGAUUUGGCCCUGUGCUGUGCCAUUAAAACAAAGGCAGGGUGUAGGCCUGUGGAGAACUUGAUAAGCGGUAAAAGGAUAAGGAAAGUCCCGUUCUAAACCUCUUAGCAUAGUGUUGCGAGACUAUAUCUACGAUUUGGACCGAUGGGCGAAAAUACUUCUAUGUGAGGAUGGGUGUUGGUUUCGCGGAAACUUCCACAGUACCUUAACCUGUAUACGGGGCCAUUCCAGUACCCUAACUGCCAGUUAACGAUGCUAGGGGUAGAAGGCAUGAAGGAAAUAGCAUACAUGUUAACUUUUUUGAAGGGCUCUUAUCGCUUGACGGGAUGUCUGAUUUAUUAGUAUGUACCACCUGUUGAUAACCAAGACUAUGGUUGGUAACUUCAACAUGAAUGUGUGAGGAUUUAAUAUUAGCUCAGAGUGAUACAUACCUGAGUAAACCGAUUCUCCUCUUAAGGGGUUGUAAGUGUGGUUGGGCUACUUCUGGACCUAGCAGAUUGAAGGAUUGAAAUGAAGCUUAUGCUUAAUUUUCGAGUGAUUAGGUGUGAUAGAAAUAUAUGCUUGACUAUGUACUUGGUAAGUAGAUUGGUUUUUUUAACUUAUGAAAUUUCUAUGAACUGUGUGCAAACGUUUGAUGUUACCUUGUAAUUGUCUUCCUGAUCUGUUUGUGUGGUUACGUAUGUUUGUUUUUUGACUAGAGUUAUUGUAUGACCUGAUUGCACGUAAUAUGUCUUUUACGUUAUAGAGCAAAGUAUGCUUGUAACUGUAGGUCUAUGUUGGUUUACAUGAAUGAAUAUAUAGGUUGUUCUAUUUAAAGUUGUUCUGUUAGUGUGGAUAAUUUACAUGACUUUUUUAAUUGUGUGUAGCUUACUCUAAUGGCCAUGUUAUGUAGAUGCCAGAAACAGGUAUAAUGGCGAAUGCAACCUACUGGUCUGUAUAUUUGUGGUACAGAUCGCGUAUUCGGGUAGAUGCGAGACUGGAAUUUAACCGUUUCAUGAUAUGUCAAGACUCUUUACCGGGGUUUUAUCUAGUAUUCUUUAAACUGACAAUCUCUAUGACGAAAGUAUUAAACAUUUAGACAUUUGAUGGGGCCACAAGGGAAUUCUUCUUGGCGUUACCAGAAGCGACCAGACGACGUCAGUCCAGUGUGUAGGUAGGUUUGGGUUUUUAUAGGCCUCAUCAACCCAUCCCACAACUCCAGGCUCUGCCUUCCCAAAUAGAUAUAAACACAAUAUAUAUACAAACACUAACUUAGUACACACAUUUUGGGGUAAAAAAAACAAACUGUACUGUAUACAGAAAAAUACGUUAUUAUGCAUCGCUUGCAAUAUAUGCUGUACCAUUGUUUUCUUGCUGGGGUUAAUGACCAUUUGUGUUGCAGGUUUUGAAUGAAGCAGUGGGUGCCAUGAUGUAUCACACCAUUACCCUGACACGUGAAGACCUGGAAAAGUUCAAAUCUCUUCGGGUCAUAGUGCGAAUAGGCAGUGGAUAUGACAACAUUGACAUCAAGGCAGCUGGAGAUAUGGGUAAAUAGUAGCUAUAAUUUGAUCAUUUCCAUGCUAAGAUUAGGGGUCCUCAUACCUAAGGUGCGGGAACUGUUAUACAGUUUUUACUGCAUAUGACAGGGGCAUUUCAAUUUUAUUUUAAAUAAAUAAGUUUUAAUUGUUUAACAUGUGAUUUUACUCUGCUUUUGCUGUGUUCUUUUUACUAUUUAAAGGGAAUUCUAAGUACCAUAACCACUGCUACUCACUUUAGUGGUAACAAUGUUAUAAGUGUAAGGGCACUUGAUUUGGAGGUAGGGGGAGAUAUUUGGAUGACCUGAACCAUCAACUGAUCGAAUGUCUGAGGUCCUAACCUAAAUUAAAUUUUUAGAAAAAGCGGUUUGGCCGAACCAAAUUUUAGGCCAUGCACAAGUCUAGUAUAUACUAUAGGGGAGUGAUGGCGAACAUUUUUCAGCCAGAGUGCCCAAACCGCAACACAAACCAACUUUUUUUCCCUCAAUGUGCCAACAUGGCACAAACUCUCUACACACAAGCUCAGUGACACACACACACACACACACACAGACACAAGGUCACUACACACAAGCUCACUGACAAACAUACACACAGACAUACAUACAUACACACAGUGAGCAUGUGUGUAUGUAUGUCUGUGUGUCACUGAGCAUGUGUGUAUGUAUGUCUAACAUAUACACACAAGCUCAGUUCACUAGAACCCACACUGUAAAAAGUCAGUUCACUGGCACACAUCUGACAGCAGAGUAUAGCUUGUUGCUGCUUCCCAGGCUAAUCCUUUUGGAGCUUGUGAAUCCACUCGAUAAUAAGCUCUCCCUCGCGGCUCUGGCACUCAGUGAUGACUCAGAGCGCAUGCUGGGAAUCUCCUUGGCUGUGCUCUGUCAUCACGCAGUGCCGGAGCCCCGAGGGAGACCUUAUUAUAGAGUGGAUCAAGAGGAGGUACCUAGCAUCGCAUAUUGCCCACCGGGGAAUACUUUUUAUUAAAUAUAUUGCACAUCCAGCAAUAUAUUUAAUAAAAAUAAAUGGCACUUUUCUUUGGAGGUGGCAGUAUCCCUGCCAAGGAGCGCUCAGGUGGCCACCACGCUCCCGCACAGCUCGCAAACACUAUGAUGGGCCCUGCACAUGGAUGGCAAAAUACCGCCCCUGUUAAAGUGCCGCCUGGGGCCAUGGCCCCACCUGCUCCUAUGGACAGGCCGGCCCUGCAGGUCCCACAGAGAGGGCUCGGCGUGCCAUAGGUUCGCCAUCGCUGCUAUAGGGUAAUGGUCAUGUUUUGUAUAAAAGUUAAACCAUGUUGGUUAUAGUAGCAGUGUUUAUUUGAAAAAUAGCUGUUUACUUAACAGAAACUAUUUCAAUGAAUUUACUUCCAAGCAACUAAAGAGUUGUAUUUAUUUUACUAAAAAAAAUAUAAUUAAAUUCUGUAUUAUUAAUCUUAUUUCUAGGCAUUAUAUUCACUGGUAUAUACAGUCUUUUGCUAGAAGUCUCCUCAACAGCAUCAUACACUGAUCAGUCUCUACAAUUAAACCACCUGCCUAAUAUUGUGUAGGUCCCCUCGUACUGCCCAAACUGCUAUGAUGGCAUGGACUCCAUAAGCCCUCUAAAGGUGUCCUGUGGUAUCUAGCACCAAGACAUUAGCAGAUCCAUUAACUCCUGCAAAUUGCAAGGUGGGGCCUCCAUGGGUUGGAAUAGUUGUUCCAAAACAUCCAACAGAUGCUCUGUUUGAGAUCUGGUGAAUUUGGAGGACAAUGCACACCUUGAACUCUUUGUCAUGGUCUUCAAAUCAUUUCUGAACAAUUUUUGCCAUGUGGCAUGGUGCAUUAUCCUGCUGAAAGAGUCCAGGGUUAUCAGUGAACACUAUUGCCAUUUAGGGGUGUACAUGGUCUGCCACAAUUUUGUAGGUAGUUGGUACGUGUCAAAGUAACAUCCACAUGAAUGCCAGGACCCAAAAUUUCCCAGAAAAACCUUGCCCAGAGCAAUACUACUUCCGCCGGCCGGCCUACCUUCUUUCCAUAAUAGUGCAGCUUCCUGCCAUCUCUUCCCCAGGUAGAUGACGCACACACCCGGCCAUCCACCUGAUCUAAAAGAAAAUGUGAUUUAUCAGACCAGGCAACUACCAUUGCUCAAUGGUUCAGUUCUGACUCCUACAUCCCCACUGAAUUCGCUUUGGUGGUGAAUAGGGGGUCAUCAUGGGGGCUCUGAUUUAUCUGUGGCUACACAGCCCUAUACACUGCAAACUGUGAUGCUCUGUAUGUUCUGACACUUGUGUUUUUUUAAUCUAUUAUGGUCAGCAUUAAGAUUUUUAGCAAUUUGAGCUACAGUAGCUCUUGUGUGAUCGGACCAGAUGGCUAGCCCAUCAAUUAGCCUUGGGUGCCCAUGACCCUGAUGCCCGUUUACCAGUUGCGCUUCCCUGCAUCACUUUUGUUAGGUACUAACCACUGAAUACCGGGAACACCCCACAAGACCACAAGCUGGUUUAGGGAUUCUCUUAGUAAGUCAUCUAGUCAUCACUAUUUGGCUCUUGUCAAAGUCACCAAGAUGUUUUCGAUUGCCUAUUUUUCCUGCUUCCAGCACAUUGCUGCCAAAUUUAUCUCACCCCUUGACAGUUGCCAUUGUAUCAAUAUAAUAUGAUGUUUCUCACUUCACCUGUCGGUGGUUUUAACCCCUUAAGGACCGAGGACGGUUCAGGACCGUCAUCGGCAUUUUUGCCUUGAGGACCGAUGACGGUCCUGAACCGUCCAAACGGUCUGGGGCUACUUACCUGAUCGCCGUCGUUCCCCCGGCGGCGAUCAGUGUUCCUCCGGUUGUGGGGAGACUGCCUGCAGCCCAGACAGUCUCCCCACGGCAGAUUAGGACCCCUGUGGCCAUGUGAUCGCUUAACACAGCGAUCACAUGGUCACAAUAGGUGUCCAUAGUGCUGCCUGCAGGGGGACUGUCUGUGCUGACAGGCAGUCUCCCUGCAUGUGUAAAAUCAGAAAAAAAAUUAAAGUUAAUGGUAAUAAAAAAAUAAUAAUAAUUAUAUAUGUAUAAAUAUGAUAUAUAGACAUAUAUUAUAUCUAUAUAAUAUAUGUCUAUAUAUCAUAUAUAUAUAAUGUCAUACUAAGUGUAUUUUUAUAUUAAUAUGUACUUAUAUUAAUAUAAAAAUACACUUAUAAUUAAAUUACACACGUAUAUAUAUAAUAUAUAUAAUAACUAUAUAUAUUGUAUAUAUAUAUAUUAUUAUAAAAUAUAAAUAAUAAGUAAUUUAAAUUAAAUAAAAAAUAAAAUAAAAAUUAAAAAAAUUAUAUAGCUAUAUGAAAUUUUAUUCUAACUGUAUUUUAAAAUUAAUAUAUAUAUAUUUAUAUCAAAAUACACUUAGAAUGAAUUUGUAUAUAUAUCUAUGUAUAUAAAAAUAAAUAAAAAUAAUAAGAAAUAUACAUACGUCCAUAUACAAAAUUACAUAAAUAAUUAUAUAAAUAUACACGUAGACUUCAAAUAUAUAAAUAUGCAUAUAUAUUUAAAUUCUACGUGCGUAUUUAUGUAAUAUUUUUACAUAAUUCAGUAAUUUUAUUGAUUGCAAUUUGAGGGACCUGCCUGCCAACCCAGGCCGAAAUUCCAGAGAAUUUAAUUGGCUAGCACUGUAUUUUACCCUGUAACGUUCUACGACACCCUAAAACCUGUACAUGGGGGGUACUGUUUUACUCGGGAGACUUAGCUGAACACAAAUAUUAGUGAUUCACAACAGUAAAACAUAUCACAGCGAUGAUAUUGUCAGUGAAAGUUACUUUUUUUGCAUUUUUCACACACAAACAGCACUUUUACUGAUGAUAUAAUUGUUGUGAUACGUUUUCCAGUUUUUAAACACUAAUAUUUGUGUUCAGCGAUGUCUCCCGAGUAAAACAGUACCCCCCAUGUACAGGUUUUAUAGCAUUUUUGAAAGUUACAAGGUCAAAUAUAUGGGUCAAAUAUUUUUACAUUGAAAAUGGCCAGGUUGGUUACGUUGCCUUUGAGAGCGUAUGGUAGCCCAGGAAUGAGAAUUACCCCCAUGAUGGCAUACCAUUUGCAAAAGAAGACAACCCAAGGUAUUACAAAUGGGGUAUGUCCAGUCUUUUUUAGUAACCACUUGGUCACAAACACUGGCCAAAAUUAGCGUUCAAUUUAGUUUUUUUACUUUUUUCACACACAAACAAAUAUGAAUGCUUACUUUGGCCAGUGUUUUCGACUAAGUGGCUACUAAAAAAGACUGGACAUACCCCAUAUUGAAUACCCUGGGUUGUCUACUUUAAAAAAAAUAUGUACAUGUGGGGUGUUAUUCAGAGAUUUAUGACAGAUAAUAGUGUUACAAUGUCACUAUUGAUAAAUUUUAAAAUGUAUGUUUUUAAACCGCAAUAUCCUACUUGUACCUAUAGCCCUAUAACAUGCAAAAAAAAGCAAAAAAGCACGUAAACACUAGGUAUUUUAAACUCAGGACAAAAUUUUGAAUCUAUUUAGCAGUUUUUUUCAUUCGCUUUUGUAGAUGAGUAAAAGAUUUUUCAAGUAAAAGUCAAAAACAUGUAUUUUUUUCAAUUUUUCAUCAUAUUUUUUUAUUUUUUUUAAAUUAAAAUACAUGAGAUUAUAUAAAUAAUGGUAUGUAAAGAAAGCCCAUUUUGUCCUGAAAAAACAAUAUAUAAUUUGUAUGGGAACAGUAAAUGAGAAAGCGGAAAAUUACAGCCAAACACAAACACCACAAAAGUGUAAAAAUAUUCCUGGUCGCAAAUGUACAACAUCGCAAAAACAGUCCAGUCCUUAAGGGGUUAAUAUUGUUGCUGAUCAGUGUAUAGUACACUGAGGUAGAAUAAUAGAAAUAUAUCAUGGAACAAUCUGGAUUUGCCUUUCAGAAAGUCACCCUUUGAUUCAAGGUAUCUUUUAACCAUCCUAAUCCUGUUUGUGUUUCUGCACAACUUUAAAGGGACACUAUUUACCAAAAAGACUUAGGCUUAAUGAAGCCGUUUUUGUUUAUAGACCAUGACGUUUCAUUUCCCAGUUCAUGCCUUUUGAAGCCUCACUGCUCAAUUCACUGCAAUUUAGGAGUUAAAUCACUUUUGUUUUAUUUAUGCAGCCCUAGCCACACCUCCCUUGGCUGUAACUAACACAGUCUGCAUGAAAACAAAGUGUUUUCAUUUUCAGUCAGAUGUAAAAGUUUUUAUCUCCUGCUCUGUAAACUAAAUUUUAAGUCACAUACAGGAGCCUCCUUAUUAAUAGAGCAGGAGAUAAGACAUUUUAAAUUAAACAUAAUUUACAAUAAAGAAAGUGUAAACAUUAGAUGAUUCUUUACAGGAAGUGUUUAGGAAGGCUGUGCAAGUCUCAUGCAGGGGGGUGUGACUAGUGCUGCAUAAACAGAGUAAUUUAACUUCUAAAUGGCAGAGAAAUUAGCAGUUAGACUGCAGGGGCAGAAUCUAUACACCAAAACUGCUUCAUUGAGCUAAAGUUGUUUUGGUGACUCCAGUGUCCAUUUAACCAUCAAACCAAGGCUCUCCUGCCACUAGAAACAUGUUCCAUGGUAUGAUCAUUGUAGUUUCAACCAUCUAACCUUUUCACUUCUUAAUAUAUUAAAAAUGUACCUUUAACACCAUUGUAGUUACAUUAUAAGAAGCUGUUGCUUCUGCAGCUAGAGUAUUACAGAUACUCAAUAGCACUUUGAAUGUGAAUGUGUUUUCUUCCAGGGGUGGCCGUGUGUAACAUUCCUUCAGCAGCUGUGGAGGAGACAGCAGAUUCAACUAUUUGCCACAUCCUUAAUCUUUACCGAAGGAACACGUGGCUUUAUCAGGCGCUGCGGGAUGGGACACGGGUGCACAGUGUGGAGCAGAUCAGGGAGGUGGCUUCAGGUGCAGCCCGGGUGCGUGGGGAGACCCUUGGCCUCCUAGGAUUUGGUAAGUUUUAUUUUUUUCUGCUAGAAAAAAAAAAUCAAGUUAUUUAACAAAACUGGAUAUUUUCAGAGAUUUAACAGAAUUAUUUAUUUUAGGCCCCAUGUCAGCUACAAACAUGCAGAGUUGUUCAAUUAACGGAGUAUUGUAUAAUGUACGCCAAAAGGGCUGAGAUGUCCUAGGGUUCUUGAUUUUGUGUUCUCUGCUCCCAGGACGUGUCGGUCAGGCGGUGGCUGUAAGAGCAAAGGUAUUCGGAUUCAACAUUAUCUUUUAUGACCCGUACCUUCAGGACGGCACCGAGCGCUCACUAGGGGUGCAGAGAGUCUAUACAUUGCAGGACUUGCUCUACCAAAGUGACUGUGUUUCUCUGCACUGCAGCCUUAACGAGCAUAACCACCACCUCAUUAACGACUUCACAAUCAAACAGGUAAAUAUGCCCAAUAUGCAGAUUUGAAAACAAAAUAAAAUGUAAUAAGUCAUCUGAACUAUGCGGAUGUCAACAUGAACAGACAUGUCAAUGUAGCCUUAUUUAUAGUUAUAUUUUGCUGGUCUAUCACAGCCCUGGGGUAUAUUUUUAUUACACAGAGACAGCACUGGUAACCUCACUAUCUAUUGCAGAACAUAAAUUAAAUUUAGAUUUUUGAUUAGUCUAAUGAAUUUCCUACUGCAGCUUAAAAAUUGUGUAUAUUGUUUAGCACUCUUCUUUUUCUAUGCGAAAACAAAAUAAAUUGUCUACUUUACUACACCCGUUUUCUUAGCAGCAGCGGAGUAUUGGGGGGAAUUGUUGGACAGAUGUCCCAAUCAAUAGGAUCUAUUAACUGACCUUGUCCCCACCAACAAGUACAAGUCACAUGUUGUGGAAAAUUUGAUGGAUCUGGCAGUAUUGUAGACUAUUGCUUUAUCAUAUAUGUCCAAUUUUAGUCCCCGGUUUGAUGCACAGGAAUAAGAUCAGUGACUUAGUUUGGUUGUAAUUAUCAUUCCCAAUAAUUUGGAAUUACAUUCGAGCAGUCUGAGUUUUGCUUUCUUCUUAUUUCAUUCUAGAUGAGACAAGGAGCCUUCCUGGUAAACACAGCAAGAGGCGGCCUUGUGGAUGAGAAAGCACUAGCACAAGCUCUGAAGGAGGGCAGAAUACGAGGAGCCGCUCUGGAUGUGCAUGAAUCCGAACCUUUUCUGUGAGUUUUUUUUUUUUUUUUUUUUAACUGUUCUUAAAUCACCUACCUAAGGACACUAAAUAUUAGGUCAACACAAUUUAAAGAAAUAUCCAGACAACGUAUGGUAAAUACACUCUACAGUGACUAUUUUACAACACAUUGCCUAUGUGCCAUGUCUGCUUAUACAAAAGGAUAAUUGGAUCAUUUGAAGGAAUACUAUAGUCACCACCCUAAUGAAGUGGUUCUGGUGGCUAUAGCAUGUCCCUGCAGGCUUAGAAAUGUAAAUGCUGCCUUUUGAGAGAACAGGCAGUGUCUACAACGAAUGACGGCUACUAGAGGUACUUUUUGAUUUUGGUCCUGCAAAGGCUGCAUCUCUAUGGGGAGCGUGGCAGCUGCAUUGAUUCAUUGUAUUUUUAAGAAGAGAUGAGUUUUGCUGCAUGUGGGCCUCCCAAUCCUUUUACUAUAGGAAAGCAGUGCAUUAGCUGAGCUCAUCCAGAUUAAUUAUCUCUGUGAAGUUGGGGCUGCCCACGGACUGAGCAGCCUGGCAAUGGAGGAAAAGCUAGGUAAAGCUCAUCUUAUCAUGCAUGUGGCAAGGGGUAGGCACCUAAACAGGUCACUACUUGUAUUCCUAUACCUGAUCAGUUUCUAAAUAAAACUCCAUUAUUUUACCUAAGGUGGGUGACGUAAGACUUAAUGUGUGCUGUGCAAACUGUGCUACAGUAGGAAUUUAAGAUUUGUUUUUAGACCCCAGGUUUUUUAAAACUUUAUUUAUUUAUUUUAGCCAAUGCCAUAAGCCAAGAUCUGAAACUCCAGGAACCAGACUCCUUAACCCCUUAAGGACACAUGACAUGUGUGACAUGUCAUGAUUCCCUUUUAUUCCAGAAGUUUGGUCCUUAAGGGGUUAAAAUGUUUCUCAUGGUUUUUAGCGAUAUACCGUUUCUGAUGCUACUCUGUUAUAUUUUUCUUCUGUUAUUGUUCAUAUUACUGUUUGUGCAUAGUCCUACAACAGUAUUACAAAUUGGUGUAAUGACAAUGACUUUCUCAUCUAAUAUAUAUGUACAGUAAUUCGUCCAGACAAAAGCAGUCUUAUAUUGUUAUCACACUCUGGGGGGGUGGGGGAGACAUAUUUUUCUACCUUCAGUAUUCUAAUUUAAGAACCAUUGUUUAGCCAGUGUAUGCACUAAAUAGGUGUUUAGAAAGACUUUAAUUACUCAGUACAAUGUGUUGCUCCAAUGCUUUGCAGGUUUGCUCAGGGUGCUCUGAAAGAAGCCCCAAAUCUGAUCUGCACCCCACACACUGCAUGGUACAGCGAGCAGGCAUCCCUGGAAAUGAGGGAAGCUGCGGCCACUGAGAUGCGUCGAGCUGUCACAGGUAAGAAGUAUGCCGUCGAUGAUUAUUUAUAAAUUGAACUACUGAGCUUCACUCUAAGAAGAUCUCCUUUAUUUGUAGGUCGCAUUCCAGAUAGUCUCAGAAACUGUGUGAACAAGGAAUUUUUAGUGGCAUCCGCCCAGUGGCCUACGCUGGAACAACAAGGAGCCAAUGUAGAGCUUAAUGGAGCCACCUACAGGUGAGAAGUUUAGUUAUUAGACAUCUUGACACCAAACUCGUCCGCCCUACAUCAUCAUGUAGCACUGGUAGGCAACCUAACCUACACCUGUCCAAUUAUAAAGACAACUCUGAUCCAUGGGCUUGGUAGUACAGUCUCAUGAUCUGAUCCCAUUAUUUUAAUAUUUAUACAGUUUGGGACGUUCUGUCUCUGUACAAUAAACACAUUCAAUCUUAGCUAAUUUUUUUUUUUAAUAAGAAUCUUUUUCCCGAUUCAUACAGAUCUGUGUGUGUCCAGCCAUUGCAGGGAGAGAAGCGCUGAAUAUCAACUACAAUCUGUAAGGAAUCUAACUUUUCUUUUCCUCUUACAUUCAGAAGUGUAAUAAUCACUUGCACCUUCAUCCCAAUGAACAGGGUUAUUCACUAACAUGAACUGUUGUGUAUUUACCAGGAGACUGCAGUUUGUCAGUUAAUUCCUAAAACUUCACAGCUUCGGGUUUAUUCACUACCAAACCUUGUCUCUUACCACUACAUUGUAGUAUUAACAUCUGAAUUGCAAAAAUGUAGGGAGGGAAGUGAUGGUUUUGUAUAACUUUGGAAAUCUGCUGUAGUGACUGAUAUCAAUAUUCACUUUUUAUACAAAAAUAAACAAAAAACACCCAAUGGGUUUUAUUCAAGAAACAUCAACCGCGGGGUAGAAUUGUAAAAGUUAAGCGGUCACCAUAAAACCCAAUGGAAUGUUCCAGUUUAAAACCUUGCUCCAGCAUUGAACUGGUCCUCUCACUGGGAUAUUAUAUGUAUUUUCUUGGUAGAGAAAGGGUUACACCCCUAGUCCACUUGACUUAGUUCCACACUGCCUAAUCUCAAUUCUGUGCAUAUUGUAGGUCUGUCUUCAGUGCACCUUUAAAGCUGGCCGACGUACUAAUCUUCUCUCUUGCAGGCAGAGCUUUCCCCCCCCCCUCCAUUGUUUUAUAAUGAUAUAAUUCUCUUCUUUCCCUCCCCCCCCCUUGCCCGCUCAGAUUGGGUGCUUGUAGUCUGAGCUGGCAAAACAAUCCAAUCACAGGCUUCUCUGUGAGUAGGGCCCUGCAAGGCCAAUAUUUCCAAAAUAGAAGUAAAUUGUUGCCAUAGGAAUUUAGCUGGGCUAGUCAGAGCAGGGGCUCACUGUCCUCUAAAGUUCCUUUGAUCAUGGAUUAUUGGGAGGGCAUACGAAAAAGCUAAUUACCAGUACUCUCUUAAAUCAGGCGCAACCUUUCUUUUUAAGAGUGCAGCUAAUCCUAUUAGUGACCUAAUGGAGCCAAAAUUAAACAUAUAUCCCCACUUAGUGGUUUCUUACCUUGAUAGCCUCUCUUUCAUUUUCUUUUACUCCUGAAAUAAAAUCAGUUGCAGCCUAACAUGGAGCCAUAGAAACUUGAUUGGUGGUGUUCAGUUUAAUAUGUCUUUAUACCUAGUGCAUAAUUAGGUAGCAAAUUUCUAAGGGAAAACUAGUUUUUUUGGGUAAGUGGAUGCUUACCAAUAAUCCUGCGGUUGCAACUGGGUCUGGAAGAAUGAUCAGAAUAUGGUACCAGACGUCCCUACAGUGCUUGUGCGUAAAACCUAACUGCAUAGAAGAAAUGGGCAAAGUUAGAAUUUGAGGUUUCAUUUAAUUUUGCUAAAAAAAAAUAUUGCAUUAUGCUAAUUUUAGACUUGCAGGUUAAGUGUUUUGUAACUUUUUCCCAACUCACUAUGGAUAUAUCUGUCAUGCAGUGCUUGUACAAACUUGGGAUUUGACACUUCAUAUUGUUAGACAAUACAUGAAGUGUGCUGCCCUGCAUAUACCAUGUGAGGCAAAUCUGUUGAUUAAUCAACGGUGGAUCAUAUAUUAAACUGAUUUUCCUCCUGCAUCAUACAAAUAUUGCUAACACCUACCCACCCCAACAUGAAAUAAUCUGACCUUUGACACCAAAGGCUUUACGUGAUGUCAGCCAUGUUGGUCAGAUACCAGUGGAAUGACAUGAGUAAUUUUUCUCCAUUCCUCUUUAAAAGGAUAUUUUCUGUAGCCUAGAUAUUGGCUUGAGUUUUUUUUUCUCUCCAAAAUUCCCUUCCUAAUUGCCUAAGCUCCAACCCUUUCUUAAAGGAACACUGUAGUCCCUGCCAAAAAUGUUUAGCUUACAUAUGUGGUUUUGGUGUAUAGAUCAUACCCUUACAGUUUCACUGCUCUCUUCUCUGCCAUUUAGGUGUUAAAAGACUUCUAUUUCUGUCCAUGCAGCCCUAGCCCCACCUCUCACGGCCUGCAUGAAAAAUUGUUUCUAAAGUGAACAUGAGAUUAAAAAUUCAGUUUUUAACUCCUGCUCUGUAAAUUGAACAUUUAUCACACACAGAAGGCUCCUGCAAGGUCUACAAAUUCUAAACUGUGCAGAAUAGAAUACAUUAAGUGUAAACAUUAGAUGACUCUUUGCAGGAAGUGUGUAGGAAGAGUGUGUGAGUCACAUGAAGGAAGAGUGUGACUAGGACUAUAUAACCAGUGAUGUAACUCUUAAAUGGCAGAGAAUUUAGCAGUGAUGCUGUAAGGACAUGAUCCAUACACACAAACAGCUUUGUUAAGCAAAGUUGUUUUGGUGACUAUAGUGUACCUUUAACUAAACAAGUUAAUGCAGCUAAGCUCAUCCCUCCUUUUAGCCCAACACACUUUUCUUUAGUUAGUGCUUUUCAGAAAAGCACAUAAGUAAAUGUGUUUGAGGUACAAUAUAAUUAAUAUUAUGAACAUUUAGUCAUAAUACCCCAAACACUGUAGAAAUCUAAAAAUGUAUAUAUUUUUAUAUUAAAAUUACAUCCUGUGUCUUUCACAAAACUAUUAAAAUAAAAUACAAUAGUGUGUCUGCGUGACAGCCACCAGUGGCGCUCCUGCUGUGAGAACCUAGUCAAACUCACAGCGCACGUCCAUUUCAUUGGAGAAUAGUAGCACUGGCCACCCACUAAGCCAUACCCUUUAUUCCAGUUUUUUUAGAUUUACGAAGGCCCUGAAUCUAAAUUAAAAUAGGACAAUAGUGUUCCUUGAAACUGAACAUAAAGAAUUUAGUGAAUAACCAUCUUUCCCCACCAUAGAGAAAUAGAGUGAGUGUUUUCUAUAAGCCCCCGGUACCUCAGCAGUCAUUCAAAGCAUUACGAUCACAUCACUCUGCUACCAGUCAGUGCAUAUUGCUGCAGUUACAACAGCACAUACCCUGGACAGGGGUGCACAAAAGUCCAGUCUCACUCAAACACCAGUCCAAUAGAAAAAUCAAUAAAUACUAACAUGCCCUCCCAUUGCUUAUUGCCAGACUGUCUCACUUACACUCGCAUGAUUCUUCUAGCAAAAGUCCAGUACAAACAGACCCUGGCAUGUACUAGAUAGAGUGAAACAGGAUGUGAAAGCAGUCAGUAAUACAGUGUGUGACACUGGCCCUUGUAUGCCACAUCAGCACAGUUUCUUUCAGUACAUGCUAGAUACCUAAAACAGAAUGAGCACAAUGGCAUGGGGCAGCCACAAGGAGGCUCAUGAGUGAACAGUCCAGCAAUAAUCAAUUUGCACAGCGGUCAGCAAGACAAGCAUCUCAGAGGAAAUAUACCUGCAAUUUUAGCUUCCAGUCAAUUUGUGAAUCACUCUGUAAAUGUAAAAAACGCCUAAAUUUUAACAAAGUGCCAGCAGUCAGGGAGACCAUGAGUUGCAGAUUGAACUGAGCAUAACUCUCCUUCCCCUGCACCCCAUGGAGUAGUUGCCGUAGGAGUUAUUAUGCAAAGCCCCCAGACAGUGAUGGUGCAGCUUAACAAUAGCUGCUUUUAGAAGUGGUUACAGUGGCUGGAAUCUGUACAUGCAGUGUUUCUGCUUGAGACCCUGCACAUUCACAUAUAUUUGUACUUUUACGCAAAGGUGAUAACUACACCCUGACUUUUUUUUUUAUUUAUUUAUUUAUUUAUUUAUUUUUUACACACACACACACACACAAUAUUCAGGGUUGUUAUUUUUUAUAAAUCCCCCUCACACCGUCUUCUCCAACUCAGUGUGCACAUACGCUUGAAGGGAAAAUACAUUUUAAAUUUUUUUUUAAAAAAGUAAUAAAAAUGGCCCCUAUAAUAUGCAUGUAAAAACAAAACCAUAAAAACUUCUUUAGACCUCAACACUAUGAAGAUUCUACUCUGCAACUAACUAGUUAUAGAAAGUUAUGGUAUAGAGAAAGGUAUUAACCACUCUAGACACCAUAACCAGUACUAGAUUUGUAGUGGUGUUUUUUGUUUUUUUUCGUUAUCACCCAAUUUUCUGUUGAGCGAUUUGCCAAAUCAAAAACCACCUCAAGUUCUGCCGAGAUAAUGCAAGAGAGGAAUUUCUGCAUUAUCAGUACAUCAUCCAGUCUUUGACAGCUACGCUCCUAAAGCCAAAAUCAUUGUCUGCUUCUGUCAUCUCUUCAGUGUCAAAGAUCCUAUCUUUGCCUCAAACUAGGUCAAUCAUCGCACCAACACUCUCCUAAAUACCGUGGGACUGUAGCAAAACACUACUAUUCCGGUGAUGUAUAAAAUGAUUCCAACUGCAGUUCCAGUCUUUCUAUUUAUGGGUGGAACUUAUCUAUAUACCAUAAAUCCUGCAUAGGAGUUUAUGGGAUAAGAUCGGAUCCUACAGACCAGAAUAAGAGGCUCCUGCUGGACUCAGCGAGUUCCUGGUAAAGGAGGAAUCUGUUGCUGGCAGAUUUAGGUACUUUAUAGGGACUAUAGUCACCAGAACAACUACAGCUCAAUGUCGUGUGUCUGAUGUCUACAUUAAAAGGCCUGCAGGCACAGGUUGUAAACCAGUGGUAGUCAACCUUUUUCUACCUACCGCCCACUAAUGCAUCUUUCUUGAUGGAAAAAUGUCCUUACCGCCAACCAGUUUCCGCGCCAGUGCAGAAUAUUUUUUUAGAAAGGACGGUGUUUUAAAAAAAAAAAAAAAAAGUACGUACAUUUAUCUUUUUAUUUCUACUUAAUGCAAGUUUAUAAUGUUUAACUUUGUUUUCUCAUUAAACUUUAUAAAGUAAAUUGAAAUUACCUUUACUAGUGAUUAAUGAGAUCCUUGAGGUUGAUGCUGCAAGACUAAAUAUUUGAUAUCUGGUUCGAUUUGCGUAAGGAACAAACAAAGGUCUCCUCUUUCGGUGAUAUUCAGACGACUUCUCUGUUUGCACAUAAUAUGAUUUCUCAUCUGUGCGUCAGCUCCCCUCCUCAAUUCCCCUACCCACCUUUUUUUUUUCCCUUCCUUUUUUCAAAGACACACACACAAAGACACACACAAAAUAUUUUAGUCACCCUCCUGUUUCCUACCUUUUAGGUGCAGGAGGGUGACAUUCCCUGGGGUCCAGUGGUGAUUCAGGUGGAUGGGAGUCAAGAGUUCCUACUCUGACUCUCUUCUUCCGCCCGCACGGUCUGUAGGUUAGCUGGGAGGAGUGACGUGCAGUCACUUCCUCCCAGCUCUGUGAUGUAAUCACAGGGGGCCCGGUUGUGCUUUUAAAGCACCCAGCGCUGACCUGGCCCCCUUACAAUCCACAUCUAUCGGGUGGCCCUGACAGCGUGGGCCACCCGAUGGACCCCUUGGACGGCGGCCCCGGUUUGCCAAGCGGGCCGCAAAUGGAGAUGGCGGUACCCGGUCGCAUGGGUACUGCUGGCAAGCACCCGCCAGCACACCCAAUCUCACAAUGAGGAAAUCCCUACCAGAAUCCUGAAACGCCCACUAGUGGGCGGUAGGGACCAGGUUGAUGACCCAUGUUGUAAACACUGCCUUUUCAUAGAAAAGGCAGUGCUUACAUUACUGCCUAGUAACACCUCUAGUGGCAGUCACUCAGACUCCUACAAUUAUUUUCUAUGAAAAGAUGCUGAUUUGCACAGUGUGGCGUUUUGCCAUGCAUGUGCAACAGCCUCACACUGCUUUCCUAUGGCAAAGCAUUGAAGUGGCUGAGAUAGUCAAAUAUGAUUACCUCAGCCAAGUGAGUGGGGUCAACGACAAGACUGGAGCAGCACUGAAAAUAAGGCGGGUUAACUCAAAUUAUUAAUGGGAGCAAGAAAUGUAAACAGCACUUUUAGAACUAUAGUGGCAUGAUUACAAGUGUUCCUCUAACCCUUUAAAGAGGGAGGCUAUUGGACAAGUUCUGAACCAAAACAAAACCUAGAAUUUAAACUGUCUAUUCAACCAUAAUUUGCCUCUUUCAUAUUAACUCACACUUGUUACAUAAUUUGUUUAGGAGAAAUGGGGCUUCUAUAUCAAAUAUUUAUUUUUUUAAAUUUUAAAUGAAUACAUUCCAAAGUGUGAGAAAUUAAGAAAUCAAUUUUCAAUAAAAUAGCAAUAAAAAUAACAUUUGAAUGCUAUGAUGACCCAUGAGUACAAGAGUACCCCCAUGUCCAGGUUUCAGUGUUUUGUAAAGUUAUGGGUUCAAAGAGCGCUUGCCCAUUUCAGUUUUUAGACAUUGAAAUUUGCCAGAUUGGUUUGCUGGGCCUUUGAGACUGUAUGGCAGCCCAGGAAUAAAAAUUACCCCCGUCAUGGCAUACCAUCUGCAAAAGUAGACAACCAAGGCUAUUCAAAAAUAGAUAUGUCCACUUUAUCACAUCCUGGCCAAAGUUAGUGUUCAUUUUGUUUAUUUUUUGCAUUUUUCACACACAAAAAAACAUCAUACAUUUUACUCACUUGGAGUAUUGUACGCAGUACUGGAGACCGUAUCUUCAGAAGGAUAUUGAUACUUUAGAGAGAGUUCAGAGAAGGGCUACUAAACUGGUUCAUGGAUUGCAGGAUACAACUUACCAGGAAAAGUUAAAGGAUCUUAACAUGUAUAGCUUGGAGGAAAGACGAGACAGGGGGGGAUACGAUAGAAACAUUUAAAUACAUAAAGGGAAUCAACACAGUAAAGGAGGAGACUAUAUAUAAAAUAAUAAAAACUACCACAACAAGGUGGAGAGUCUUAAAUUAGAGGGACAAAGGUUUAAAUAGAAUUUCAGAAAGUAUUAUUUUACAGAGAGGGUAGUGGACGCAUAGAAUAGCCUUCCAGCUUAAGUGGUAGAGGUUAAAGGGAUCCUAUAGUGCCAGGAAAACAAACCCGUUUUCUUGGCAUGGCUCCUAGAGUGCCCCCCCCUUACCGGAACCCAGCGCCGAUGUCCCUCAGCGCUGGGUUAGGCUCCGUCCGCAUUAGACCUCCCCAUAGGGAAAGCUUUAUUUAAUGCUUUCCUAUGGGGAAAAUCUUAUGCUGGAAGUCCGCCGAGGGCAGACUUAGAGCUGCAAUGUAACCAUUGCAGUUCUCUGGAACUGCAAUGUUUUACAUUGCAGUACUAGGUGCAAAAGGGGGCACAGCACCCAGACUACCUCAAUUAGCUGAAGUGGUCUGGGUGCCUACAGUGUCCCUUUAACACAGUGAGGGAGUUUAUGCAUGUAUAAGGCUAUCCUAGCUAUAAGAUAAGGCCAGGGACUAAUGAAAGUCUUUAGAAAAUUGGACAGACUAGAUAAGAAUUCGGCCUGCUGUCACAUUCUAUGUUUACUGCUCUAAAACGCUAAUUUCUGUUGCGCGAUGUCUCCUGAGUACAACAGUACCCCUCCAUAUACAGGUUUUAUGGUGCUUUGGAAACUUACAUGGUUAAAUUUAGGGCCUGCAAAUUAACUUCUCUGAGCAUUCAGCUAGGCAGGUCCCCCGAUAAAUAAUUAAAAUCACCUAAUUAUGUAAAAAUUAUACAUAUACACAUACACUUAUAAUUAAAUAUAUAUAUAUUCUAAAUGUGUUUAACAAUUACGUGAUUUUAUAUAUGGAUCUGCCUGACAUCUAAAGGCAAUCUGUCAAACCAGCCGGUCUGAGUCACGUGAUUGCUGUAUCAUCACAAUCACAUGACUCAGAUACACAGGAAGGGCUGCCACCCUAAUGGGGCAUUCUUCAAAAACAAGACUUUAAUAACAUCAUCAGAAAGGGAAACUAACUUCCCAGGAAAUUCCGUUUACAUACCACUAUAUUUAACAAAAUACAUAUUUGUGACAUGUGAAAAUUAAAAUUUAGAAAUCCACACCUCUUUAUCCUGAAAUCUUGGCUCCCUGUCAAUCAUUAUUAUAGCUUUUUACCCUUUGACUGACAGCUUUGUCUAUGCAGACUGGCAGGUGCUGUCAUGAGAAAAUUUAUUGAAAGUGCAUUUGAUACCAGAAAAAAAAGCAGGCCUUCUACACUUCAUGCCUUCACUUAUUUGGAAGGACACUUUUAAAUACAAUUUAUUUGCAGAUAGGUUUAGGAACCUGGAUCCACGGUCCAGGUUAUAAGGGACAGCAAUUUUAAAAAAGAAAUUUAAAUCCCUGUUUAGUAACUUGUGUUUCAGCAUGGUAUUUAGUGGAUAUAACACCAAUGAAAACAGACGCCUUAACUAUGCAUUUUUUCUCAUUGGGUGUAGAACUAAAAUCAGUUUGUAAAAACUGGCCUUUGCAAGCCCUCUCCUUUCCCAGCCCAGACUUUCUGUGACUGCCCACAAUGAGCUGCAUUGGGAAGUCAGUGAUUGAAGUCUUUGUCAGCUAAAGUGCUCUUGGUUUUUGGAGUCUUUCUUUAAGCAUAAAACCAGAAAAGGUUGUCCAAUGUGCCUUCCAUUCCCAAUAGCUAUCCAUUAUGUAACUUGAUCAAGACAAGCACUUUGUCCAGUUGUGGUUACCACAUAAUGACAAGUUAAUAUGUAUCCUCCCCCCCUUAAUUUGUGUGCAUUUGCUACUUGCUCAUCACUACUUAACGGAAUACUGUAGUGCCAGGAUACAAAGCUGUAUUCCUGGUACUACCAAUCCCUCUGCCUCUCACAACCCCCCUCCCAGGUAAAAAAAGGUUUAAAAACUCUCUGCCCCCUCCUCCUGUCACGCAAAUGCUGCGCGUGCAUUAGACCUCCCCAUAGAAAACCAUUGAAUCGUGAGGCCCUCCAGCAUCAGAUAACUGACCAAAAGUCAGUUUGGAUUCCGGAAGCGCCCCCUAGUACAUUGCAGCACUAGGUGCAAAAGGGACAUUAAACCCAGACCACGUCAAUGAGCUGAAGUGGUCUGGGUGCCUACAGUAUUCCUUUAAGGUUUGCACAAAACUUUUUGUUCAAGCAUAAAACAUAUCUAGCAUAGGUUACUAGCCUGCUUUUUCCCUCUUCACUCUGGCUACAAAACAAACUAAGCGCUGAAGCAAACUUUUCUCCAUGAAAAUAUGUCUGCACUUUCAGAAUCCCUAUAUUACAGAUCUGGAAUACUAAAACAUAUUUAGCCCUGUACGCAAACUGCUUCUUCAUAACCGCAACCUGUUCAACAAACAAAACACCAUGUUUCUUCUCUUGCCAGAGAUUGCCACGUCAGUGGUGAAAUAUGCUGCAUCUAUAGUAUGACGAAGUGUUACUGCACAAUGGCGAUGGCAGGGCAAAAUGCCAACAUAAAGGCUGAAAGGGUUAACUGGUUUAAGGUUUAGACUCUGCAUUAUUUUUCAGAUGUGAGAAAUUCCAGUCCAAGAGUUGUGAGGGGAAAUAUAUAUAUUUAUUUCCCCUCAACUCUUGGACUGGAAUAUAUAUAUAUCUAUCUCCACAGCCGGGGUGAGUCUAGGAACACGUGUGCAGCAUAACCUAGACUAGGGUAUCUCUUUUCACAGUUUUAUUAUCAACCUAUAUCGGACAGAGCCCGACAUUAUUGCAUGCCCAAAAUCUAUGAAAUGAGCAUAAAUGGUGUUGGUGCCCUUUAAUGAUUUUGUUCUUCAUUUUUGGCAUGUUUUGAAUAUUUUCCCUCCCAAUUGAAUCUAAACUGCAAUUAUGGCUACUCCUACAGCACAAGUUUUCCCCAUAUGAAGUAUGGAUUACCACACUUUAGAAAUAUCCAACCCCCCGCAAUAAAGCUUGUUCAGAGGGAAACUAUCGGAGCCAUUCAGCCCUAUCCUCACAAGUAAUUCCUAGCAGACCUGUGCUCAAAUGCCUUUCAUCUGGUACAAAACAAAUCAAAUUCCUCUUAAAAUACAACCCAAAUUAAUCUGUCAGAUUUACCUGUGGAGCCUCUUUCAACAAAUGUAGAUUUAAAAAAAAAAAAAAUUAAAAAAAAUUUGAUUAAUUCGUACACAAAUAAUUUAACCCCUUAAAGGACCAAACUUCUGGAAUAAAAGGGAAUCAUGACAUGUCACAUGUAAUGUGUCCUUAAGGGGUUAAGUCAGUUUUCAUUAGAUAACCGUUCAGAAGUAUAUACUGAUCAGAUUAUAGUUUGGCGUCUUGUAGGUUAUUUUCUGCGUUUCAUUAAUUCUGGUACAUUUCUAAAUACAAGCACAUCACCAUUUUAGAUCAUUAUAAAAUACAUUACUCAAUCUCAUCCACUGUUCACCCACCUUAACAGAGUUCGUUCUUGGUAGACGUUUCCAGUCAGUGAAGAUUCCAAAACAAACCAAGGCUUUGCCUUACAAUUUCAUUCAUGUCUGUGCUUCAGAUUAUUUGCACAAACAAAAUGUUUUAUGGUGAGUGUUUCCCUUAAGAAUACAACCUCAGCCUGUAGAUUACACUGAAAACUAUUUCAGACUCAUUGAAUGCUAUCUGCAUUGUAGGCUUAUUAGAUAUUCAGGGGCACAUAGUUCCCUAAAGUAUUUUUUUUGCCUCAAGGGACACUACAGAAACCAACACAACUUUAGCUUAACUAAGCAGUUUUGGUGUAUAGAUCCUGCAUCUCACUGCUAAAUUCUGAGAUUUAGGGUUUAACCCCUUAAGGACCAAAAUUCUGGAAUAAAAGGGAAUCAUGACAUCACUGCUUCUACAGUUGUAGUCACACCUACAUGCAUAUGACAAACAGCCGUCCUAAACACUUCCUGAAAAGAGACCAAAUGUUUAAAUAAUGUGCAGUAAAUGUAGCUUAAAUUUAGAAUGUCUUAUCUGCUGCUGUUACUAGCCUUCUAGUGCCUCCUGUCUGUGGUUAAAGGGACUCUCCAGUGCUAGGAAAGCAGUUUUCCUGGCACUGCAGGACCCUAUAAUGCCCCUCUCCCUCACAUAGCACGAGGACGUCCAGCAUCGUUUAAAACACUUUUUGUGUUCUAAGAACACAGAAGUCCCUCUAGUGGCUGUCUGAUAGACUGCCACUAGAGGAGGACUUAACCCUGCAAGGUAAUUAUAGCAGUUUAUAAAAACUGCAAUAAUUACACUUUCAGGGUUAAGGGUGAUGGGCGGAAGUGGUCUGGGUGCCUGGCGUUUCCCUUUAAAGUUCAGUCCACAAAACAGGAGUUAAAUGUCUAAAGUUAGCGGAUUAAAAUGAAACCAUUUUUUCCAUGAAGUCAGUGUGAGUGACAGCCAGGGUAGGUGUGGCUAGGGCUGCAUGGACAGAAACAAAAGUAAUUUCACGUUUAAAUGGCAGAGAAUUGAGUAGUGAUACUGCAGGGGAAUGAUCUAUACACACAAAACUUCAUUAAGCUAAAGUGGUUUUGAUGCUUAUAAUAUCCCUUUAAGUUUCUUUCGAAAUUGGCACUUUUAUAAAAUAAUCAUCACUUUCUAAAUCCCCUUAGUAACAACUCCCAGCUGUCAAGCAGAUAGCCGUGAGGGUUUCCUUCUUUGCUCACCUUUAACUGCAGUUCAAAGUGGAAGUCAUGUGGUCUCAGUGCCUCUGUAUGACAGGCAUUGUUGGUGGAUUUUGGAGACUGUGUCCCAAUGCUUUUCUAUGAGAUGCAGCUGAGCGAACUCAUCACAGAUUGUGCAUUAGAGCUGCAGCAGUGAGAGUCUCUCCCAGAGCUGGAAUAAAGAGGAGUUUAUUUUUAACCCAUUUCAAUGCCAAAAUGGGGAACCCAGUAAUCUAAACACUCCAACCCUUUCAUAGGCACCAUUCCAUUCAAGCAUUUGACCUACAUACAUUCAAGGCUAGCACAGGACUUGCACCAUCAUCCUGUAUUUUUCAUUAACAUAAAUACAAAAUGUAUGUCAAAGGAAAAUACAGUAAUAUAUAUUUAUAUUUUAGUGUUCCUUUAACUGCGCAGAUGCUGGAUCACUGCCCAAAAAGUGAUUAAAGCACAUUAAUAUGAGUUAUUUCCACUUCCCCAACUCAUCCCAUUGUUUCAAUAGUGUUUCCUAAGCUAUAGGAUUGGAUCAUUUUCUCUCCCAGUAAAGAGACAGUUCCUCUUUUAAGGCGUCACUUCAUUACCACAGAAAUCUUUGGUUCUCAUCAGUAUUUCUCACAGAAAUUGCAGCAGAACUUUGUGUGACAUUGUAGAUUCACUGAGUGAGUCUGGUUAUAGUAUUCUAGCACUACUUAAAGUACUCCAUCUAAUUGAUAACAUUCUUUCUUCCAUCAGCAGAUUCCCCACUGGUGUCCAUCACAUCAGCCAGCAAACCCACCGUCUGAGCAGAGAUAUUUCCACUUUCCAUAACCUUCCCCGGGGAACCUGCCUGACCAGCAAUUAACAAUGAGUGCUGCACUUAAACAAUAGAAGGAAGAAAAUAAAAAUGAAAGGCAAUGAAAAGGCAUUUGAAAGUGGAUGUGCGUGCUCAACCUUGGACAAAAAGUAAAGCUGAUUAAACCAGCCGUGAAAACAGAUAUUUACACGUCAUGAAGAAUGCAAAACCACCUUUAGUUUAGGUCUGGUUGGUUGACACUUCUGCAAAUACAAGCACAUUUCCCAGAGCCGGGGCUCACCAUCAUUCUAACAUGGACCUGUGAGAUUACCAUAAAGAAACCUCAUUAAUGGGGGAAGGGCAACCCAAUAAAUUAUGAUCUCAUGGCAAGUAAAAAUGAUUCUGGUUGCUUGUGAAAACAUGGAUCAUACUAGAACAUUUGCCUGUUCAUUAUUAAAAGCUCUGUCAUUCUAUCUUCCAGUGGAAAAGAAAAUUGUUAUAUUUCAUCUUACUUGUCCUCUACCUUGUAAACAGAUGGCGUAGGGAUACUUAAUGUGUUUGUCUGUCCAGUCCAAAUGGCUCAGGAAAAUCUGACUAGGUACAUAACUGUAUUUUGUAAUGAUGAAUUCCACCUUUUUAAAAUCUUAAAUUUAUCUUAAAUCCAUGUAGAAUGACCAUAGUCUUGCACUUCUAUUUUCUUGUUUUUGUGUUCUGAACUUGGUUUUAUUUGAUGAAAUGGACAAUAUAUUUGGGCAUGAGAAAGACUGUUCCAGACACUUUGAAGUGAAAUAUACUAUAAUUAAAAGAAAACAAAAAAGUGGCAUUGUUAACAAAUCUAGCCCCUGACUUGCUUCCUGAGCGGUCGCAUUUGAACAUUGAUAGUUUUAGAUGUAAACAGUUUCAUUUAAGUUUGUCUUUACUGCCUUGAAAGAUUAAAAACAAAACCCCCCAAAAACUUAAAAAUUAUAUCAUACAGUUCACACACACAAAAAGAAAAACAAAAAUGGGUGUUGUGACAGAACACCAGGACCACACCACUGCUCGACCAGAAGCUACCAGGUCACGACUGGAACUAUCACAGGUUCACCAAUCAAAAUCAGUCUAUCAGGCACAAUAUAAGGACAUAAGAAUCCUUCUCUCCUUUCAUAAGCACCAUCCCAUUCAAGCAUUUGACCUACGUACAUGAAAGGCUAGCCACAUGACUUGCACCAUCCUCCUGUAUUUUCCUUUAACAUACAUUUUAUCCAGAGAAGUAAAUGCAACGCGACACAAGGAGCAUUGCAGAAGAAGGUGGUUUCACAGCAAGACUAUGUAUUUGUGUCACAUUCGCAAUCAAGUCCAAGCUGGCAAACUGCACACAAAUCGCUUUAAACCUAAUUCCUGCAUAUUUAAAGAAGUGAGGGUGUUGAAGUUUGAGUGUUUAUGUCAAAUAAAUAUAUAAAGUUUCCUGAAAUUAUGGGGGAGAAAAAAAAAUAUAUAUAUAUAUAUAUAUCUUUAGGUGACUAUGGAAAGCAGAAAGCUUACAUGGGAUGGGAAAACCAAAUAAUUUUACAAUAUAGGGUGCUAGAAAGUAAACUAAAACUAAUAUACAUUAUUCUGGUCUGACAUCCGAGACCAACACUGCUAAAGCGAGAAGAAAAAGGGGGUAAUCUGAAGUGUGUAUUUGCCACUUGGGUUCCUAAAAUGAAAGUAGUAUUAACCCUGUUACUGUUCAAGACAUUAGGGCUUUGUUUUGUGAAUAUAAAUAUAUAUUCUCCAUCCUAGUCUCUAGUAAAUAACAGGGUUAAAGGUUAAAGUAGUAUGUGGAGGGCAUAUUGUUUAAGCACUGAGGAAGGAGGAAAAAAAAAUUUGUCAGGAAAUAGGAAAAAAGCAGGAAGUGAACAACCCAAUACUUAUGGGCUGGUUAUGGGAUUUUGUAAUCUAGGUUUCUUUUCCUCCCCUAUUGCAGAACACAUGCAUUAUACGCCAAGAUUUACAGCCCAAAAGGGAGAGGGGGGAAAACAACAAACUGUUCAGUCUUUGAUAAUAAAAAGGAUGUUUUCGAUGGAGCUACAGGUGCUGCUUCCUCAAGGAUUGGGAGAGGUUGGAGCAUCACUCCCCACAGUAGGUCCCAGGCAGAUGAGGAAGGGUCCCUUAAACUCAGGUCCCAGUUUUGACACACAGCUGAGGCUGUUACCAAUAUAUACGUGCACAUUCUCACUCAUCCUCAUCGUCUUCAUCUUCCUCUCCAUCUGACAAAGCUGUGCAAGGGCGUAUCUGGCGAUAGCCGUCCAACCAUUUUUCCAUCAUCUGAGUCACCAAUGGGUGGUUCCUACGACGGGAACUCUUUUGCAUGGAUACUAGCACACCACCUUCUGUAACACAACAGUCCAACCAUUCUCGCAGGAGCUUUUCCUGCUGGUCCUCAUUGCCGAGCUACAGCAGGAAACGGAAACAAAACAUUACCUGAAUGACUGGAAGUACAUUUUACCAGAAUAUUGGCUAAUAGCC